UGUCCUCCUGCAGUUUCUGCAUGUAACAGAAGCCAACUGCAAUUUUCCUGUGUUAGGAAAUCACUGUGUUGGGUAAUCCCAGCAGUCUAAGAAAACCAGACAUUGCCUUUCCCCCUUAAAACAUGUAUCAAUUUAUUUAUUUUUUUUAAACCAAGCAGCCAAAACUUCAGCAUGACAAUUAAAAUGACUUCAAGGCCUGUAGGAGCGUCCAGACCUCGGAGCGCCCCGCAGAGACCCCCUGGCCAGACCUCCUAAGAAAAAGGAGGGCGGGGCCUUGAAGGCUCCGCCCAGGAGCAGCCACGCCCCCUUUAGGCACCUCGAAGAUUUGCCGCGCUCCUAUAAAUGCCGCUCAAGAGCGCCUACGGACACAAGCUGGGCUUUUCUCCCGGGGGGCGCGGUGCCGCCGCUGGCGGUAUCAGUGCGGACAGUGCUAUUGGCUGCGGCGCGCCCAAGAGCGCCCCCUGACGGGCAAGCGGCACCUUUAGGAGCCAAGUGACAGGACGAGCCCCGGCCCGCGCGCCAGGCGCUGCCAGCAACCCUGCGGGGAGCUUUCCGGGCAGCUUUCCUGCCCCCGAGGCGAGCCGCGCUGACGGGAGAAAGGCGUCGCCGGCCUUUUCAUCUCUCUUCCCCCACCUCCGGCGCGGCGGCGGCGGCGAAGUUUGUUUUGGCCCGGCGGGAUGAGCCUGCCUCCCUCCUUCGCGCCCUAAGGGCGGGGGCCCCCUUCGCCGACUUCUCCGGGCGCAGCCACCCGCUUUCGCCCCAUGGAGAACCCGGCGGGCGGCGGCACCACCGUCCCAGCUGCAGCGCCCGCGGAGCAACAGCCCCAGCCGCCGCCUGCAGCGGGAGCGAGCGGGGGGGACUCGUCGGAACAGCCCGGCGGUGCCGAGGCGCUGCCGCCGGGCUCCGAGGUGGUGCCGGAGGGCAACGGGCCGGUGCUUCGGCAGCGCUCGCUGCGGGCGGUGUACGUGCUCAACGACGGCCCCAAGGGCGGCUCGGGGGCGCGGAGCCCCGAGGCCGGCGCGCUGCAGUGCCUGGCGCGAGCUUGCGAGGCCGAGGGAGCGCAGCUCAGCACCGUCAACUUUGGCGAGCUGGACUUCGGCGAGACGGCCGUGCUGGACGCCUUCUACGACGCGGGUGAGUGAGGGCAGCUGGCGGAGAGAAAGGAGGCCGGAGGGGCAGCUCCUCCGCGCAGGGGAGGGGGCGAGAGCCAGGCGCCAGGCUCCCUCAGCAACAGGCGCCCCCCGAGGCGCCACUAGCCGGUUCCCCGUCAGGCUGGGGGAAGGCGUGUUUUCGCUCAGCAGCUGAGGAGAAGCUGUUUCCUUGGCAGGGCGAGGGGCGCCCAAGCCAAACACCUGCCCUGCUGCCCCGAGGGCACGCGAGGCAGCGGGGACGCUCGGCAGAUCUUUGAAGACUGGAAUCAAAACAAAACAAAAGCCCUUCCCCCGAGGUGCGGACGCGCCCUCUGAUCUGGUUGCGCCCUCUGGCCCUUUAUCCCAGGAAGGUUGUCUCAGCGCCAAGAGAUCACAGCUUCCCCCCUCCUCCGACAAUACGUGUGGGAUUUCUAAGGACCCCUGUGCAAUGAAUGAGGAGAGAGCUCUUGUGCUUUUAGAAGUUGUGCCGAAAGGCGGGAGGGGUUGAUUCCUGCAGGCGCCGCUUUUCUCAACUUUGCAAGAAGACCCGCUACUCCCGAUGCUGCACGGCUAGCGUCGAAAGCGCAGGAGCCCGGUCUUCCUUUGCGACUGCCACAGGCAGGGGUGCCAACUUGAAAAAAAUAUUGGGCGUGGGGGGGCAGGCGAGCCCUGCUCUGCAUAAUCAAUCACGUGACACGGUGCACGCACACUUUUUGAAUGGCAAUACUCAUCAACUUUUUUGGGGGGGGGCAGCCCUUUCAAAUAUUUUAUUGGAGGAGGGGGCGAAGCGAACUCGGCCCCUAGGAGUUGGCACCUAUGGGCACUGACGAUCCCAUCUUCCUGUAUCAGGUUGUGUGUGCAUGCAAAUGUUUUUAAAGCUUCUAUUUAAAUAUAUUUCCAGCCUGUGAAGCCUCCUGCUGUCAAGAAGGCUGUUUGCAAUGAAGAGGAGGUUGGCAUGCAUGCUUAACGCGCUGUUUCUCCUCGUAAACCGUCUAGGUGCAAGAUAAAGUGCAUCGUUGCGGUAAACGGGUGGGGAGGGAAUCUAAGUACUGUAUCUCCUCACUGUUCCAAAUAACACCCUCCCCCUUUCCCCGCGCAGUUUAGCAGCAGUGAAGAAGGUUGUCGGGGUUUACUUUCACGUGUAACAUCAUGUUGUGGGGAAAAUGCAUUAUGUACAUGCAUGGAGGCAAUAAGCCUAGUAUUCGUUCACAUCUUCCAAGACCGUGCAUAUUGCAAACAAGUUACACGGCCACGUCCUGAAACUAGCAGGGAAGUAGUACAGAAUAGGAAGGAAGUGACAUGGAGAUGCUCAUUUGCUGUCCUUGAGCAAUAGAUAUUUCAGUCUCAGUUUGUGCAAAUAGAAUGGUAAGCAGGGUUGUGAGGAUAUACAGCACGGAAGAAGCCCUGCAAAGAGCUUUGUGCAGCUGAAGAAGCACCAUAAACAAAGCUUAAUGGAAACCAGGAUAAUCAGCCAUCAUAUUUCAAAAUGUGUAGUGAAAGCACAAUACAGGGGCAAUUGUAGGGGGCCAUGUCCAAUACAGGGGCAGUAGGGUCUGCCAGGGUGGGCACCUUGCUUGCCCCCACCCCAGCAUGCACCACCACUAGUCCUCCUUGGUGGUAGGGCAGCUGGCAGCCUCCUGCUUAUGUGCUUGCCCCCCCCCCAUUGCUCACAGAAGAUGCUCAUAUGGCUACAGCUGGGGGACCCAACUGGAAAUGUGUGUUGGGAGGCAUUGGCAUGGGGCACCCACAAAGGCAGCCUGCCCAGGGGCCCCCCAAACUCUAGAUCUGUGUCUGGUAAAUCCCAUUGUGUUCAAUGGGACUUUCAUAGCCAGGUAAUAUAUGUAAGCUUUCUGUCUUAAACAUGGUUUUUCACAACGUCAGGGAUGAGAAACCUGUGGCCCUUCAGAUGUUGCUGGACUGUGGCUUUGAUAAUCCCUGACCAAUGGCCAUGCUGACUGGGGCUGGGGAAUGAAGUCCAACAUCAUCCAAACAGCCACAGGUUGACCACCAUUGCUUUCCUGUGUAGUACACCUUAAUGGGACCUCAGUUUGGCUUCUUGCAAAACUUAGAAUGUCUUUAAUGAAUAAACAGAGGCUCUCUUGCAAAGCAAGAACACAUAGGAGUGACUGAACUAGUGAUCAUCCACAAAUCUAGCAUUCUUUCUCCAGUAAUGCCUGUAGAGACCAGGAUCAGCCAGAUAGCCCUGGAAGUUCGCAAGCAGCCCAUGAAGGCCAUAGUCAUCUCUGUUGUUUGUCCCCAGCAUCUUGUGUUCAGAGGUACACAUACUGGCUAAGCAUGGAGGUUUCAUUUGGCUUUUAUGGAUAAAUGCCAUUGAGAGCUCUCUCUUCCAUGAGUGUGUUUAAAGAAGGGAUGCUUUGGACAGGGAGAGAGAGUUUGUUCUUGGAAUCUUAUAAGAAGAAUUAUGCAUUUGUAAAGGCAGUAUGAAGAUUAUCCCUAAAUAUUCUGUAGAAUCCAUUUGUUACUAUGAGCCGGAUCCUGCCACCUUCUAAUAAACCAUUAUGUGGCUUCGCUUACCUCUCUUCUACGGACCUUAUUUUCUUCCUUUAUUAUCUUUUCAUUCUGGGAUAAGGCGAGAGGUUGUGCUCUGUCUGUUAGCAUACUGAACGAGAAGGCUUUAUAACUAGGCAGAUAAAGAGGUGGAAGAACAGCUUUUCCCAGUUAGCAUUUGGAUGAAGGACUGGGGGGAAAGGAAAGAAGAGAAACUUUCCUGUUACUCAGCUGCCAGCUCCAUGGUAUUAUAAUAAGGUAAAGGACUCCUGGACUGUUAAAUCCAUUCAAAGGCUACUAUGGGGUGCGGUGCUCAUCUCGCUUCAGGUCAAGGGAGCCAGAGCCGGUGUUUGUCCACAAACAGCUUUCCGGGGCAUGACUAAACUGCUUCUGGUGCAAUGGGACACCGUGAUGGAAACCAGAGCACAUGGAAAUGCCGUUUACCUUCCCACUGCAGCUGUACCUAUUUAUCUACUUGCACUGGUGAGCUUUCAAACUGCUAGGCUGGCAAAAGCUGGGACAAAGCGAUGGGAGCUCACCAUCACUGGCAAGCCCAAGAGGCUCAGUGGUUCAGACCACCCGUGUUCCUUGCUAUUGUAUUAGCAGUGAUGGUGUGAGUAUCUUCAGUUUAGGACUGAGAAGGAAGAGCCCCCCUCCCUAUUUUCUCUGCUCCAUAGUCCUUUACCUAUGCCACUCUCAACAGGGCUGAUCCUAUUGUCCUACUAACUCAUUUGUUCUUUGCAUUUGCUCAGCAUAGUGAUGUUAUUCUUUAACAAUAAAGGUGAAAUACAUUCUGUUCCUUAAUGCAAACCAACACCAGGUUUUGUUGUUAAGCGCAAAUGUGUAUUAUGGGCCAACUUUCUGCCCUGCUUAAUACUUAGAAACGCCUUUUUGAUAACAGUAUCUGCAUGACUGGAUGAUACAGAUAGUUUAUUUAAAGCAUACCUUAGUUCAGUUGAAAAGUAUUUUGUGGGAAAUGGAUUGGUUUAGAAUAUGAUAAUCAGAUUUGUUUUUCAUAUUUAAAGCUACAUUGGACUCCAAAUUAUUAUACCUGCCUCUUUCUAUAAGCUUUUAUUAAAGCCUACACAUGUAACUGAAAAAUCAGCCCUGUUAAUGGGGCUUCACAUAACAAACUGCAUUUCAUUUACUGUUCUUAUGUACUGUAUUUUUCCAUGUAUAAGAUUAGUUUUUCUCCCUUUAAAAAAUGUCAAAAAUUAGGGGGCAUCUUAUACAUGGAUGCUUCUUAUAGACGGAAAAAUAUGGUAACUAAUGCUGCAGACCUAUGGACUUUUACCUGGAAGUAAGUCCCAUUGGAUACAAUAGGAUUUGCUCUUGAGUAAACAUGUGUAAGCUUGUGCUGCCUCUUUGUUUAGAAACCUGAAAGGAGAAGGGGGGAAAUGAAGUUGGCAAAGCACUAUGCAAAAUUAAUUACUAUAGUUGUUUCAGAACAUUCAUCAAAUCUACAGGUGGAAAGAAACUUGCUCAGUUUAUUCUGUGGAAAGAUGCAUCUCUAUUAUUUUACACACUUGCAAAAAACACACCAAAAAAACACUUUGACCCUGACAUUUCAUCUAUGAAAGAAAUUAAGCCAAAAAAAGUAUUACAGAGAGUUUAAUUGUUCUCAAGUUCCAGGUCAUCUUAACUUUCCUAUAUUUAAAAAGUAUAUAAAGUGAAAUAACAGACAAUGGCUUAAGGUUUUGUUUUGUUUUGUUUUUAAUAAGGUGACACUGAUUCAAAGAGAUAGAAGGGACAUACUUUUCUUGUGGUUAAAAUAUCAUUUGCAUUAGAAUCCAAGUACAGGAGUAAGAGGCAAAUGAUUUAUUCAUUUAGCUUUUACAUACUAUUGCCUAGCCUGCAAUAGUUCCAGUUCCAGUGGUUAAAACCCUGCUUACAUAUUCAUGCUUUGUUUUGCAGAGCAUUUAAAGCAGGGCUGGAGGGCCACAACUUCCCUACCCCUGCCUUAAAGCCAUUUAAAUCAUAGUCAUGCGAAAUUGCUAUAAAAAUCCAAAUUUCUAUGAGCUUAUCUUUUGCUUCCUCAUAACUUUUAAUUAAGUGCUGGUUCAUACAUGGAAAUAUUCGAGCAUUGUGUUACUAGCACUUCACACACUAUUUAUUUAUUUAAAAGUUUUUCAUUGGCCAUAUUAAUUUAUGGGUCUUUACAGAUAACAGGUAUGGCGACAGAUUCCAUCAGUGGAGCCUUGGCUACUCCUCACCCAUUAUGAAGAUGGUAGAAUUACAUAUGGUAGAAGUUGAGAUAAGGAAGGCUUGAGUUGCAGGGGUAAAAGUGAAGACUGUGAAAUGACAUAGGGAUAUUGACACAGGUUUCCCCAACCUUGAAUGCCUUAUCUGAUAGACUACAUAAUGUUCUUGUGUGAUGAGAGGAAAGCUGUUGUUUCAUUCUACCCCAGGCUUCCUCAACCUCAGCCCUCCAGAUGUUUUGAGACUACAAUUCCCAUCAUCCCUGACCACUGGUCCUGCUAGCUAGGGAUCCUGGGAGUUGUUGGCCAAAAACAUCUGGAGGGCCGAGGUUGAGGAAGCCUGUUCUAUCCCUUAGAAAAGCACAGAAGUAGUUUGAGAUACAUUAUAUGUAUUUGUUGAUAAGACAUCCUGUAUAGAGCCAACGUUUUGGUGUAGCUGUUUUUAUUAUUGAAAGAGAAAGCUCCUUCCGGCAAAUUUCAUUUUGGGUUUCAAUGUGAUAUAAGGUAGCUGUCUAAAGGUAAGAUUGUAAAGUGGCAUGUUACCUUUUCAUCUUGACAGUGUGGAUAAGCUUUUGGUUGUAUCUGAUUUCAUUGUGUAGUUACAACAAAUCCAGGAAUAAGGAUAUUACUUUCUUAUCUUAUGCUUUCCUGUGGGUGGUGGGGGUUGGCCUUCCUAGAAAAAUAAUGUAUAGAGCCAUAUUAAGUUUAGGAUGAUUAAUAGGAAUUAUAGAUCAAAGAAUAUUUGCAGUAGCAAGGUUGCUAUGUAUAUCUUGGGUAAAUAGUUGAUUAAGUUGCAAUAGAAUUGAUAUAUUAUAUUGGGGUAAUGCUGUUAUGCAAGUUGAUACAUACUGCAUGUUUGAUUAAGCAUAAUUUUUUUAAUGCAUAAUAUUAUGCUUGCUAUUCAAACCAGGGACUAUGUGAUUCAUAGUUCAGUCUCUUUCCUACUUUGCUACAACACCUUUUUAUUGGUUUGGGGGGAAAGGCAUAGCUUAUUGGCCCAAGACAUCUUGGGCAGUGUGGGACAUUCUCCCAAGGCCAAAGGCCAAUUUAAGAGUUAAUUGCUGGUAGAAGCCAUAUUAUGGUAGCUGCUUGAUCUUUUGUUUUGUAGGGAUCGGGAAGAGGCUGUCGGAAUUUUUAUUUAUCGACAGCUUUGAAAAAUGAAAAGGAAGGUACUUGAUUUGAUUUGACAAUGUGUAUAUGUCUAUUGCCAAACAAAUAUUUUUGCUGUACCACAUUUGACCUGAGUAGGUCAAAAUACUAAAAUAAGAAGAUCUGCCACUUGAUCACUUCAGGUUCACUCUUCAUCCCACUGAAAUUAACUUCAAUUGUUUGGAGUAAAUAGUAAGACUGAUUUUAAAAUAUGCUGCCAUUAUGUAGUAAUUGAAACAAAUUGUCUGAGGAGCAGAUGCAAUUCAUUUGAUACCUGAAUGUAGAAAAUAAGCAGCAUUGCUAUUUUUAGUAAGUGAUGAGUGUUCCAGGAGAAUGAUGAUAGAUGGAGUGUUUGGGUACAAUUGUAACUCUACACCAUAGUCUUGGGAUAUAUUUAGGAAAAGCACUGUUUGAUUAUGCCUGUUACUUCAUGCAGGCUCAAUUCACUUUAUAUGCCUUUACAGAAUCAUAUGUAAGCUUGGUUCACAGUGUGAGCCAAGUUAUAAUUUGUUUAAAUGAAAUGUAUUGUGGGAAUAAGCAACUUGGGUUUUUAUUAUAAUAUUUUGCAGAGAAACCUUCUUAAAGCAACAACGAGUGUUAAGGUAAUGGAUUGCACACACUUGUUUUGCUCUGAUGAUAGAAGGUUCUUUGAUCCAGCAGAAGCUUCCACAAAUGAAAAUUGUACAGGAGGUGAUUUCUUCUGAUUCCCCCUUUCAUCCUGCACCACCUCCCAGGAUCCUCCAAGCCUGUAGAGCAGAUGGUGACCAGGGGCAAAUUGGCAGAAAUAACUCCUCACCACUUUUUCCUUCAGAAAAGAAUUGCUUCUCUACUUUCAUUGUGUGCUUGGUGUCUUAUCCAGUGGAGCUUUAUAGGGGGUAUUUUGCACACUGGUACCUUCUUAUAGCUUGUUGUGAUUUUAUUUGCAAGGAUAUAAGCAACUUGCAUCUAUAAGGUUUUAGAAACUGCUACUGUAGCAGGUUGGUUUCUGGAGGUUUUCAUAGUGUUGUCUGGUCAUGUGUUAAUGGAUGAGUUUCAGUUGAUAAGGCUCAAGUAUAUGGACAAGGUGGUAGACAGUAGCAGGCUGCUACUUGUGUUCUUGCCCAGGAGACUGCCAGCUGGGCCAAGGAGAUGAUGACUACCUUUCUGAGAGGAAGUGGUGCCAGGUUGCCUGAAAGAGGCAUCAGGGAGACCAGUCCUUAAGAGACCUUCCUUAGACUCAGAAGAUCUACCGUUGCAAAUGUCACCUUCCUGGGCAAGGUUCUUAUGUGGCUCAUAAUAGACCAACUACAGGUACUCUUGAAUGAGUCAAGCACUUACGGACUGCCUGAAGGUACGUGGCUGGCCACACUUGGAAACACUAUUCUGGCUUAUAUUAAUUAGGUUACUGGGUGAGUUUGUGACACAGAUAACAAUUUCAGAUCACAAUACCCAUGAUGCUAUGUCCAUUGUUAAAUUUUGUUUUCUAAAUGGUGGCUGUAACUAGUUAAUAAGAUCAUAUAUGAACAUUCUCGGUUAUAAUAUUCAUGAUAGAACAUAUGAAGCCAUGUGAUACAGAUUCAGAUCAUAGGUCCACCUAGCCCAGUGUUGUCCCAAUUGUCACCAGCUAUCCAGGUUCUUAGCCCUGCUUAGCCAGACCUGCUUCUUCAUCUUUUCAUUUGAGAUUCAAUUAUUAAUUCUGGGAACGUUGGCAUGCAAUGCAUGGACUCUGUUAUGGGACUGCAGUCCCUCCCAUUUAUUAGAGAUCCAUGUAGGUAAAUGGUCUUCCCACAGCACCUCAUAUGAACCAACUAUUUGGCUAGAGGGAUGGUAUUUGUUUCAUAAGGAACUGCAAGGUGAAAAAUGAACCCUGUUUCAAUAAACUAUGUAUGGGUCAUCAGCUGUGCUGCAUUGUACAGUGGCCUAAUCAAUGAACACAUUGUGUAAAUGCUCUCAUCAGGAAAGUGAUCUGCUUUCAUGGCAUUCAGUCUCCAGAGCGUACACAGGCACAAACCCUAUGUAGACUUAUUUUUUUACAGCUGUCCCCUCCCCCCAAUAUAAAUGAAUAAAACACCACACUGACAAUCAUUUCAGUUUCCUUUGACAAUUUUUAUUUUUGGGUGUGGCUCUGAUGAAAUGUGAUGAGAUGUAAGUAUAAGUCUUUGCCAGUUUGGAGGGAUUGGCUAUGUGACAUUAUAGUGUUAUGAUGCUGGCAAAGUGAUCCCUAACAGACUAGGGCAAGUGGUGCCCUCAAAAUAUUGUGAUCUAUGGGUAGACCCAUGAAAACAAUGCACUUAAGUUAGUCAUGUCCAUUAAUUUCAGUGGGUCUAGUGUGGGUAGAACUAACAUUAGAUACCACCCUACAACUUCUGCUUGUAAGUUAUGAGGUGGAUCAGUUAGGGAAAGAAUGCAAUUUUGAAAGGAAAAAUCUAGCAUUUCCAACAUAUGUUAGUUUAUUCAUCCACCUCCCCUUCUAGUCUUAUCAAAUUUUCUUAUUACAGAUGUUGCAGUAGUGGAUAUGAGUGAUGUCUCCAGACAACCAUCCCUAUUCUACCACCUUGGAGUUCGUGAAAGUUUUGAUAUGGCCAAUAAUGUUAUACUCUAUCAUGACACUGAUGCUGAUACUUCUCAAUCACUGAAGGUACAGUGCCCUUUAUUGUAAAUCCCUAAUUAUGUUGAAGAUACGUUUGUUCCUGUCAUGGUAUGAAUAAACAAUUUGACUGAAAAGCCCUAUUUAAUUCAACAGGACUAUUACCAAGCAUCACAAUAAAGUUAUAAAUGUGUGCAUUUAUAAACUAAAGUCUUGGAUAAAAAGAAUGUUCAGGUUAGAAGACUUAAGUUUCUUAUGAAUUAAUUAUCACAUAAGACCCACAGAAAUAAGUUCCUUCAUAUAUGGCUUGGAAGUAAUACUGUUCACUCUAGCUCAAAAACAUAUAGGAAAAUCAGAGAGGUGCUCCUAUGGUACCUUCAGAUUUAAUGUUAUACCCAAACAGCCAAUCACUAGAACUAAAACAACAAGGGAAAGUAUGGAUGCUUACAGAUUUGAGUUGCAACUUAUUACAAAAUGAUUGUACUCUGUCAUUUGGAACAUACUUACUGCUUACAUAGUGCUUAAGGUGGGAGCCUUAACUUAGAUUUAUCAUACUUUUGGGUUUACAAGUGAAUUUUAAAGAGCCUUAAUUCUUCUCUUCUAUGGAAGAAUUUUUGACCCUAGUAUUCCCAUGUUUUUGGAAGGGAAAAUGACUCACACUUUCCAUGGAAAUAGACCAAUCUUGAUUUGAUUACUAACCCGGAAUAGGAUCCUUGUGCUUGGCUUCAUCACAUGAUUGGAUAAGCUAUACCUGUUAAAUUCUGCCUGGUCAACUACUACUACACUCUGCGCUAGUUAUUUUACAAUGCACAUAGGUGCACUGUGUCACUUAAAACAAUUCUGUAUUGGGCAAAAAUUCAUUAGUGAUAUAAAGAGUGUGUGACUGGGAAAGUUUAAUUUGUUGAAUGUCUGUCUGUCUAAAUAUUACUCUUAUUUCAUUUCUGCCUGAAUAGUUUACUAUUUUUUAUUCCUAACAAAGUCAGGAUGGUUUGUUUUCUCCGUAGGAAAUGAACUAGGUAUUGAACAGAAGCAUUCCAAAAUACCAGAGAAAGCAGAUGCAAGAUGCCCAAGUUACAGAUAUAUUAGAAGAUUUUUUUUUUAAAAAAAUCUGCUUAGGCAAUAGAGUUAUAGUCCCAAAUUGUGUUUCUAAAGCACAGCACAGCCUUAUGCUUCCUUUCCCCAAAGCAUUUCAACCUCCAAAAAUAAAAUUUCAAGGUAUGAGUUUUGCAAACAUGGCACAAACAUUUAUAUUUUACACUUUAUAAAGUUGCAUUUUUCCCAUUCUUUUCCAGGACAUGGUGUCUCAGAAAAACACAGUAAGUAUUUAAGAUCCUGUGUUUUAAAACUUACAUUGGGAGUACCACAGAAGUGUUUAUUUUAAAGGAAAUCUGUGUGGAGGAGCUGCAUAACUUCAAGAGUGUGUGUGUGUGUGUGUGUGUGUGUGUGUGCGCGUGUGCGCGUGCGUGCCAAGUAUGCAGUUGCUCCUACAAAUCAUGGCUUCUAUUCUGCACACAGUUUAUUUAUACCUGCUGCUUUUUAGGCCAGUGGUUUAAACAAGCCUACUUUGCCAUAGGAUUGGAAGUCUAUUUAAUGAAAAGAAGACUAAUUUAUUCUCAUCAGAUUGCACCUAAUGCUGUCCCAGUGAGGGUCUGCUGCCAUAACAAGACUUCAAUUUCCUCUCCACACACCCCUUCCCACCCCAAAUAUGCUCUGGACAGUUGCCCAGAGAGUGGCCUGGAGAGAAAAAAAGAAGUUCCAUUGCACUCAGGGAAGUCCAUUCUGCCAGCACAACUGCAUUGUUGGAUACAGCCCAUUGAGAAUAUGUUGUCGAGUUAGUUGCAUUUCAGAAAGUGGCUUUCAUUUUUUUCAUGAUUUAAAGUGCCUGGAAAUCUAGUGGAAAAUCAGUUGUAAGAAAUGAGAGAGAAUGUUAAGUAGUCCAAAUAAUCUGUGGGUGUGAUUAUUCUCCUCCAAGAAUACAUUUUAUAGUACAUCUGACAUCACCCGCAGCUUGCAUGGAUGAUGCUCAGAGAUGCUAGGAGUCCUAAUCAAGCUACUGUAGGGCACUAGGAUGGGACAAGCUGCUCUGAGCUAAUUGUGUUCUUCAAACUUGGCAUGUUUUAUCAGACACCCAUAUUGGUACUUUAUUUUGGAAACCCUAAUAUAUUUUAGAUGUUUAGCCCUAAACCGCUGGUUAAUGUCCCCUGCUUUUUGUAGCUGUUUUGAGGCUGGGAGCAUGAGUUGAAGGUUACAAUUGGGAAGUCUCCUCUGCUUGAGUUUUAAUCAGAACUGGAAAAGAAUUCGGUGGCUUCAAAAUCUUGCCUUUCUUUCUGCAGUGUUCCUUGCUGAGCUCCUGAAACUCAACUAUGGGCCUGACCCCCUCAUGAACCUAGUGCUCACCCAAACUGCCUUCAGGGCUUCAGAUCCAGAUUAGAUAUAUACUGUGGAACAGCCAUGCCUUCGAGGUUUCAGAUUCAGACUAGAUACACCAUGGAAAUAUGAUUCUUUCCCCCAUGGAACCCCAAAACAAAUGCAAAUGCAUGUUGGUUAGCUAUUUGUGUGUUUUGUAAAUGUAGACCAUUGCGUAGUAUUUGACUGAUAAAACACUGCAACAGCUUUAAGCUUAAUACUGAAAAUUUGAUGGAGGUGAUGACUCAUCACCUACAACAAACAGCAAAGGAAUAAUGUAAAUUAUAUUUUCCCUUUGCUCUUUAAAUUAUGUUACCUUUUUGACUUUUGAAGAUUGAUUGGGUUAUAAAAAUAAACGGAGCCUGUAAGUAUCAUAAAGGCAGAGUAAGGAAAAUGAGUCAUGUGUGAUAGUGAAACAGAGCAACCUUUUAAAAAUCUAUCAACAGGCAGACCCCUUUGUUAAUAUUAAAAUGCUACUUUCUCAUAUUCUUUUGGCAAAUUCCUCAGCCACCAAGUACUCAUAACAUAGAGGCUGUACAUUUUGCAGAGAGUGCAUAUAAUUAUAUUCAACAAAUAUAUCACAGUGGUUAACAUACUGGAGGCAGUUGAAGGGGACUGAUGGUAUACAAACUAAUACAUAUAAAAUGUUAUUGUUACAUGUUGAGCUUGUAGGUCUUUAUAUAAUGAGUUGAGCCAUGAGUCACAUCACCCACAAUAUAUGUGUGUAGAGGAGGGUGGGGUGGGGAGUCAUUAUGGUUCCUGCAAUCACACCUAGUUAUAAGAUUUAAAAAUCAUUUAUUCGAAACACAUCUCUGUUUUGAAUGAAGCAUUCUGCUCCCACAAUUAAAUUUCAAAUUAUUAGAAGUAUCACAUUUGGGAAUGAUAGGGAGCAGAAAACUUCAUUAAUUUCAAAAACAGAGUUGAAAUCUUACAAGUUGGUCUGCUUACAGUUUUUGUGGGGAACAGGAAGGCCACACACAUAUGUGGAAUAUGAGGUGCCUGUGACUCAAUCAAUUCCUGUUUCAUAGUUAGUAAAUGUAGAUAUCAGUAUUGCCCCAAAACUACAGUAAAACUGGAGACAACAAUAUGAGCAGAAUCAAGCUGUACCUCCCACAAGAGUCAAUGAAUAAAUUUCCCUUCAUGAUUGAGGUCUACCCUUCUGCUCUGUUGUAGAAUCAUGAUGGAAUUUUCUUCUAACUCUAGCCAAAUAUUUCUGCCUUUGCGUUUGUGUCUUGUUUGAGUUGCAUAUAUUUUGUAUGUACGGGCUUCCCCCACCCCAGCCCCGUGCCUGGGGGGGAAAAUAAAAUUUAUUUUCUUUAUUUCCCCCCCCCCCCAAAUAACUAGGUGCGCCCUAUGGGCCGGUGCGCCCUAUAGGGCGAAAAAUACAGUAACUGUUUGCUUUUAUUUUGUUCACUCCUCUUCAGUUUUGCAGCAUACUGUUGCUCAAGAGUUUUGUGGGUUAACAGAUGGCUGGUUCGGGGAACCAUGAGUGUUGCCUGGGCACAUAUUAUUUGAAGUAGCUAAUGAGGCUCAGGUUUCUCACUUCCUGCUCUAACGGGGCCAGUGACAAGGGCUGGCAUCACUGGGCACUUACCAAGGCUUAUGCUUAAAUAAGAUGACCCACUGUCAUUCCCAGGAACCUCCUGGGCCAGCUGAUUCUCCUCAGUGUUUCUGCUACUUCACUUGCCUGCUUCAAACAAGCAUACAGUGAGAGAAGGAGAACCUUGCUUUGUCCUUUCUGUCUGGGAGGUGGGAGGUAGUGUGGAUUGGAACUAGAGUGGGGAGCAAGCAAAUGGGCAGGAGUAGUAAUGAAGAGCCCCACCCCAAAAAACACCUACCAUAGAGACAAAGUAACUGCACCCCCGUUACGUAUAUCAGUUGACUGGGGUUGACAGUCUAAGCUACCUCACAGGGUUAUUGUGAGAAUAAAGUUGAAGUAUAUUGUCCUAGUAAGAAGGCUAGUAAGAAGGUUGGAUAAAAUAGAAGAACAUUAUAGACAUAGCUGAUCCCUAGAAAGGGACAGAUUGGCAUAAGGCUUGAUGGACCAUCCUUGCCCUUCAUCCAAUUUGCAUGUGACCAUAUCACACUGUCAAUUUGACAUAGUGAGAAGUCUGUGCAUGUUUGUUCACUCUCUUCUAGAUGCAAUUUUUCACACAGUGUUGCCAGCCUGCAAGUUGCUCCAGGCUUGAGGGAUUUAUAGGCUGGAAUACUGGAAAGAAACUGCUGGCUUAGAGGAGUGUAAGAAAGCGCAUACAAAAAUUUCAGUCUGUGGCUGUACUAUGAAUUCUGAGAACUGUAGUUUACCCAUCACGGCGCUACAGUGAGCAAACUGCAGUUCUCAUAUUUUUGGGGGUCUCUGUGCAAUGUACUUCAAAUUUAUGGUGUGUACACAGUCUCAGUCAUUACUCUACGCAGUUCUGCAUGUGUGCUGAGGACUGGCCAGGCAGGAGAAGGGGUUCGAUUUAAAUCGUUUCCCCCUCUUUUGUGUGAAACAAAUAUCAAGUGACUUUGCCCAAUGGCUGUGAUACUUAACACUGACAAUUGAUGUGGUCAAAACACUUGCUUUGUGAUUUUUAUCUGGGCAAGUCAGAAAGCCACCUUUAGCCUGUUUACUCACGUACUAUGAAUGGAAGCAGUCGUGUAAUUUCCAGUUAUGCAGGUAGAACUCAGCAUGUAUCAGGUUUCUGCGAGGUACUACUUGGAUGCUUGUUUCCAGAAGGUGAUGCUUGGGGAGUGCUCUUUGGGCCCAUGGAACCUUCAGUGUGAAUGGGCUGGACCAUUGUCUUGUCUCAAUGGACUUGAUGAGAGCCAAUAAACUGAAACUCAACCCAGAUAAGACUGAGGCUCUGAUAGUGGGUUGUUCCUUUGGCCAGAUGGAUGGGAGGUUGCUUGCUCUUGGUGGGGUAAUGCUCCCUCUGAAGGAGCUGGAAUACAGGUACUCCUGGAUCCAUUGCUGUCUCUUGAGGCUCAGGUGGCCUCCGUGGCACGGAAUGCCUUCCAUCAGCUCUGGCUGGUGGCCCAGGUUUGCCCUUAUCUGGACAGGGAUAGUCUUAACUACUGUUGUCUAUGCUCUAGGUUAGAUUACUGCAUUAUGUUAUUUGUUGGGCUGCUUCUGAAGAUGGCUUGGAAACUUUAGCUGGUGAAGAAUUCAGCUGCCGGGUCGCUCACUGGGAUAAGACAGCUUGAGCCUAUCAUGCCAAUCUGACCUGAUUGUACUGACUGCAAGUUAGUUUUGGGGCUUAAUUCAAAGUGCUGGUUUUGACCUAUAAAGCCUUAAACAGCUGAGGACCGCAAUACCUCAAUGCCCACCCAUAUGACAUGGACCCUGCAAUCAUCUUCUGAGGCCCUUUUUUGUGCUCCUUCCAUUAGAAGUCUAGGAUGGCAGCACAAGAACGGGCCUUUUCUGCAGCGGCUCCCCACUUGUGGAAUGCCCUCCUAAGGGAGGCUCACCUGGCACCUGCAUUACAUAUAUUUCAGCAUCAGGCAAAAACUUUCAUCUUCUCCCAGGUCUUUGGCUAAUUAAACAAUCUAUGGCUUAAAAGUUUUUUUGGGGGGGUGGUGUGGUUAUUGUUUGUUAUUAUGGUACAGUGGUACCUCGGGUUACAUACACUUCAGGUUACAUACUCUUCAGGUUACAGACUCCGCUAACCCAGAAAUAGUACCUCGGGUUAAGAACUUUGCUUCAGGAUGAGAACAGAAAUCGCGUGGCAGCGGCGCGGCAGUAGCGGGAGGCCCCAUUAGCUAAAGUAGUGCUUCAGAUUAAGAACAGUUUCAGGUUAAGUACAGACCUCCGGAACGAAUUAAGUACUUAACCUGAGGUACCACUGUAUGUAUUUUUGUAGUGUUAUGAGUUUGUGGGCUUCCUGGGCUCCCCUUCUAAUUCCUGGGUGCCAGACACUGGAUUUGGCAUGUUAAAAUGCAAGCCAGGAGCCAGCUUGGUAAUGCACUGCUAAAGAUAAACCAUUAGCAGGGAACAAAGACAGGGAGAUGGGGUAUCAGCAGAGCAAACACUGUCAGCCAGCAAAUGUGUGGAGCCCCUCCCCCCCCAACUGUGCUCUGUGUUAGUUUGCAGAGAUAAAGGCCAGUGGUAGUAGAAGAUUUAAGAUUAUAGUUUCACCUGAUGUGAGUCAGAGAAAAAGAGGUGUCCGUGUGCAAGCAGAGAGAGCUGGAGAGAUGAGAUCAGGGCACAAUGUGGGCUGAAAGUUUGAAUCCUAGGUGGCGGCCUUGGGAGAAACAGGACCCAUUUGAUGUGUAUUGCUUUGAACCCCUCCAUCGCAGGCUCAGGUUGUAUAUAUGUGUAAAUAAACCAAACACCAUAAAGACACCACAGUCUCCACUGUGCCUCAUUUCCAAAGGAAACACGAACCCUGGGUAAGUGCCUGGACCCCUGGAAUCUGGCAGCACUCAAAGGUCAGGGUGGCAUGGAACAGUAUAUAUUUUUGUGGUUUUGAAUUGUAAACCACCCUGUAAUGCUUGGAUGAAGGGUGGUACAGUAUAGAAUUUUAAUAAACAGCAACAACAAUGCAAAUUCAUAGAAUUGCCCAAGUGUGUGAAACUUACAAGCAUGUGCAACCUUUGCAUUGCAUUGAGUUGAGUGAGCUUAUGACUUAACUUUGUGUUAGAAAGUCAACACAGAACUAUGUCUUACCGCAACGAGCAAGACAGGAGUUUGGUUCAGGACCAUUCUAAACCUACUACAGUCGUACCUUGGAAGUCGAAUGGAAUCUGUUCCGGAAGUCCGUUCAAAAACCAAAUCGCGGCUUCUGAUAGGCUGCAGGAAGCUCCAAAAGAACGUUCUAAAAGAACGUUCACAAACCAGAACAAUCACUUUUGCGGCGUUCAGGAGCCAAAAUGUACGAGUUCCAGGGUGUUCAACAGCCAAAAUGCGACUGUACAGGAGAUUUCUGUGAAUUAUUAUUUUUUAAUCCAGUUGAGCAUGAUUUUAAGCUACUAGGUAUCCCCCAAUUGUUGGGUGGGGUGCUUGCUCUUAGUCUUCUUUUAAAAAUGGGAAAUGUUUUCUUCUUCUUAUAUCUGAUAACAAUUUGACCAGUCCCACCCCCCACCAGAAUGUUUAAAUCAGGACUAAUAUUUUCAGUGAAGGAGGAAAUGAUUUGAAAAUGAAGCUGGGAACAUUUGUGUCAGCAGUAGAAUACAUCUGUUGGGACAUGGCCUUUGAGCUUAGUUUAGUAGUUUUGUAGGUGCUCUGAGUAAUAAGGCUCUGGCACCAGUUUAAGCCUUACACAAGUGGGAAGACUUAGGUUUUUUAAAACACACACAACACCCUGGGAUUUGUCAAUUUCUGUUGUUCUAGCAGUAAAAUAUUAUGAGAUACAAAUGAAAAGAGAUGUUAUCCUCCUUGACUUUACAAAGCAAACAAUUAAUAUUUUGUCUUGCUAAUUUACUGCCCCUCUGAGAGUCUUAAAUCAUGACUUAUGAGUUGCUUCUAACAUCCGGGAGCUGGGUUCCCAAAACAGAACUGGCCUUGCAUGUAACUAAAGGUCACCAUUUUUUAUGCCCCUGUAUGUGCCCAAAGCUCCUGGGAGAGUUGACCUCUGACUGCCAUUUGCAACCACUGAUGGUGUAUACACAACUCUGCAGAGCCUGUCAAAGCACUUAUCUGUGAAAUAAAUUGCAAAUAACUCAGCCUAGUGGAACAGUUUCUUCUUUCUCAGAGUGUUACCAUGGUGUAGUCAUGGUUUUGGAAACAGAUUGUGCUCCUUGAUUUCUGAGGGGUCAGCAUUGUUGUAGAAAUAUGUAAAAUGUAUGUCUAUUUUUUAUGGCAGGUUGCAUUAUACUUCCUAACUUCUCAUGACCUCCUUUUGCAUAGAUUGGCCAGACUACUGUAUGAAAAGAGAAGCUUUCACUAGUGCUUAUUAGGAGUAGAUAUGGAUAAGUUGCCCAAAACCUUUGAAUCCAAAAAUAAAAUAAAAGCCUGCCAUGUUUUGUUAGAGCAAAUGUAACAAGAAACAGAAACCCCAACUAAGAGACAACAGGUUGUUGCAAUUUUCCUAAACUAAUAAGGAAUUGAGGAAAUUACUCUUUGACUUUGUGUCAGUUCUGUAUUUGAACUGGAUAGAAAGUUGGUGUUUUUGUUAUGUUGUCUGCUUGUAGCAACAUAAAUGGAAAACACUUUUCUCUAAGGUCUGUUGCCCUAAAUGUUUUGAGUGUCCUGCUAACCCAACAGCACAACUACAGUCAAAUCAAUGAUCUGUGAAGCAAAUACUGUAUAACAGAUAAUACAGAGUUCAGGUACAUGGUCAGUUUAUUGGCCUAGAGGUUCUACUAACAUGAGAUAGCAUAAAAGGCAUAGAGUUGAUUUUUAAUAGUGCAGUUUCAAUAUGACACAUGGCACUCACUCUGAUACUCCUUUUAGAAGAGUUAAGAAACACUGGAAGCUUGUACAUUUCAGUUGGCUUUUAUUGCCAAUGUUUACUUUUUGGAUAAGGUGCAUAAAAUAUUAAAUGUUUUGAUUUAUAAGACAAGGUUGCUAACAUGCCUCUAGCUUUCAUAUCACACCCAGUGGCGAUGAUGAGUACAUACGGAUCAAGAGAAGCGUAGUUAUCUCUAGGCAAAAGUAGGUUUCCAAGAAAGAUAUGGCAUGUUUGCCUCAGUUAAAAAAAAUUACUUAGAAAUUUCAGAAUACUUCAUUCGUAGGACUGAGGCCCCUAUGCACAUACUAACAUAUGCAUUAUUCAUUAUGCUGUUUCAUUAGUAAUUAUAAGAAGACGGUACCAUAAAUGAUAAAUUUACCAUAAAUGAUAAAUGAUAAAUUGUACAGUACUGACUAUCUUUGUCCAGUUAAUAAGCCUUUUUAGGAACUGUCCGUUCUUCCAUGCCAGAUAAAUCACAAGCUGUCAAUUUUCUGAGGAAUGUACAGAUUCAAGAUGCUUCCUCCUUCUUGCCGAAGGGGGCUCUUUACAUAAAUGUAUACCAAAUAUAUUUUUUGCUUUUCUCUUCAGGUCAUAAUUAACAUAUGUAAUAUGUUUAUGAGAUAGUAUUAUUGUGCUUAUGUUACUCAGUUUAGUUCCACUGCUCUUUCUAUGAUCAUUCAUCGGGUGGUAAAAAAUGUGUGCUAGUUUCUGCAAAAUAUGGCAGGAAGAACAACAUCCAAAUUUCCUUUUGGCCUAAUCAAAAUACUUUUUACUGUUUUCAGAAGUAUUAAUGAGAGGCAGCAACUUGGUUUGGUAGUGCGUGUGACUAUAUGAAUCUCCUUCUAAUAUUAUUUAGGGUGGGGAACAUGUGACCUUCCAGGUACUACGGGACCACAGCUCCCAUUAUUGUUCACCAAUGGCCAUUCCAGCUGGGACUGAUGGGAAUCCGAUAACAUCUGGAUAGCCAGAGAUCCCCCACCCCUGCUUUAGAGACAGAAGUCCUCUUUAUAAGUUUUGGAAAACAUGGCACUUCUUCAGAAAGCGUGCGGCCUUGUAAAACUCAAGAUUCAAAUAAUCUUUGGAGCAUGAACUUUAUAGUAGCAGCAGCAGUUGCAUUUAUUAUGUGACCAUAAAUCAUAACAUGUAAAACACAUGUGUUUAAGGUGUCAUGAUCUCUGAAAUAUGGAAGACUUCACAUAUGGGAAUAAAUAGAAACAGUAUUGUUUAGAAGCCCCAUAUAUAGAAACUUCUAUAUACCACACCUAUAUACAGUGAUACCUUGGGUUACAUACGCUUCAGGUUACAGACUCCGCUAACCCAGAAAUAGUACCUCGGGUUAAGAACUUUGCUUCAGGAUGAGAACAGAAAUCGUGCAACGGCAGCGCAGCAGCAGAGGGAGGCCCCAUUAGCUAAAGUGGUGCUUCAGGUUAAGAACAGUUUCAGGUUAAGAACGGACCUCCAAAACGAAUUAAGUUCUUAACCUGGGGUACCACUGUACUGCAAUUCUACUUUCCUAGGCUUUGUAUAAUGCUAUGUUUUAAUUUUUUUAAAUGUCUGUGUUAAGGAAGAGUCUGGAUUAUUUGGUAAAUUUAUGAGAGGUGGCGUCUGCUGACUAUUGAUUGUGACGUGUGCAGAUUAGUGUACUGUAACUCACAUGUUUAAACACAUGCCAUGUUUGCACCAUGGUUUAAGGGUGAUGUGAACAUGCUUGAAUGAGCCUGAACAAAGCCUUUCACUCUCAUAUGUACCCUCUGUUUUCCUCCUGCCAUGCAGACAGGACUUCUCCAACUUCUCCAGCAGUUAGCUAUAUUCCCACAGAACCUUGGGUUGUCAUGUCAUACCAAAAAAAAAGAAAAAAAAGAAUGGUCAUUUAAAAUGAUCUCUGGUUAAUUAAUGAAAGAAGCUUCACAACCCAUGGUUUGAAAGUGGCUUGUUUUGAAAGUGGCUGAUACAACAUUGGUAUGGUUUCAUCUGUGGGUUUGUAGCAAGUUGAUCUACAUCUCUGCGGUUCCAUUAUAAGUUGCAUAAACUCUUAAAAGAACAAUGCUGUACUUGAUGCAUGUGUGUCAUAUUUUGCUGUUCCCCUCUUUUUAAUAUAUUUUUUUCUAUUCUGUGUGUCUUUUCUUUAAAAUAUGCAUACUCCUAUGAUCUCCAUUUUUGCAUAAUGUCCCAUUACAAUUUGGAGUAGGCUGCAGUUGCCAACCGCAAAGCUUUUCUUCAAGUACAACUACCUCCAGAAUACCACAGUGGUGGUAUGAUGGGCAAAGUAUGUAUCAUUCUAUUAUUUCCCUGAAUGUUCUGUAAGUGUGGCUGUGCUCUAUACUGCUUUUUCUGUUAUGCUUUUGAAAGCAUUCUUCCCUGAUAUUUCAAAAUGACGUUGAGGGCCCUUCCACAUGUACUUUCUAUUGCACAUGCAUGACUUCCUAUGCUUGUGAAUCUGUCAGUAUGGUCACGUACAAUCCUGCUUUCAAUAUUGUUUGUGCCUGCAAAAGGUUUCGGGUGGUCAAACAGCUUCACUUCCAGUCAGUGCGUAUCUGGUAGUUUUAUGGUGAAAUCCCAUAACUUUUUAUACCACAAUGUUGUGGUUUAUUUUUGUCCCGCUUUGGUUGCACUUUAGUUCCUCCGGAUAGCAAGAAUGUAGUUAGCAUUGGGAAACCAAUACAGAACAAACUAAAGCAGAAUAAGUCCUCCACUAAUGCAGUGUUAUUAUGUCAAGGGCAUGUUGCAGAAUAUAUCCGCAAUCAAACACCCAUCUGGAGGGCCCCUUGGUUAUCUUUUUGAUUUCAAAAUAGUUUGUUGUUUAGUCAGUAUUAUUUAGUUUACAUCUCUGCUCCUCUCUGCUUUCUUACAUUAAGCUCCUAGCAUGAGAGCCUCUGCUACAUGACUCCUUCCCACACUGCGUGAGAAGCCAAGGGCCAAACUUCCUCCCCAUUCUGAUAUUGUCCCAUCUUCCCCACAUGACAUGGGGGAGAGCUACCACCCAAGUUACCCAGUGGUAACUGCAGUGCCUCCCACGCUAUCAGUGUGUUGUCAUAUUCUUGUUUAAAUGGAAAAUACUAAUAACAUGCACAAUUCUAAACUAUAACUUCAUUGCAGAUCGGCUAUUUAAGUGAUAUUUUUUUACCUAGUAUCAAGUAUGUCCUACUCCUUAAUGUUACUGAUUUAAAUUGAAAUCCUGAGCAUGCUCCCACAGGCAAUGCAUUUAAUAACUUUAAAGUCAUUUUAACAAAUGGUGUUUGCCCAUGCUUUGCAGUUAUUUCUAAUGAAUGGUUCCUGCCUUGUCUUUGCUGUGCAGUUAUGUUUUUCCUUUAUUACACUUUAUGUUAAUACACUGGGUAGAACAUUUGAAUUACAGUGUAGCUGAACGAGCUACCUUUAGUUUUCCUUCUUGGGAGAACAUAUUUUCUUGCAUCCAUAUCCUACUUUUUUCAGUGGAAAAGUGACCCUUUGUGCUUGAAGAAAAUUCUUGUAUAUUUACUGCAAUGGAAAAAAUACAUGAAAGCUUUACAUUCUGUUUCCUUUACUUAGCACAAGUUAGGCUUAAGACUGGGGUAUUUAUAUGACUGCAUUCUCUUGCAUGAACCUGUCCAGCAAUUAAGAUGGACCUCAAAGGCCUUCUUCCCUGUUGUCCCACCAACUUCAGUAAGACUGGUGGUGACCAGAGAUUGGACCUUCUCAGUUGUAGCUCCCUGUUGAUGGAGCCCUCUUUUCAGUGAGGCUCACCUGGUGCCAUCUAUUUUCUUUUCUGCCUUGGGUAAAAUUUCAUUUUCCCGUGCUUUUCAAUAUUACCUCUUAGUGCUGUUUUUAAGCUUCUGAUGGACUUUUGGUUGUAGUGCUGCUUUUUUGUUGUGAUUACUGUGAGAUGCUUCUCUUACCAGGAAGCUUGGGUUAGUGGAGGGACAUGGGCAGGGACAUUCCUGCUCAGCUUGUAGCCACAUGUUCACCAACUAAGAAGAAUCAGCCUCAAAGUUAGCUGGCAAUCCAGAGAAGGGAGUUGAGGGGGCAAGAGAGAGCUCAGAGGCAGAAGAGGAUACAAGUUGAGUGCUUUGUGAAAAAAGAGUUUAUUCAACAGGAAAAAGCUAUAGCCAGUAUUAAUAUACUUAUCAAUAGGGGUAUACAACUAAGUAGAUCAACUGUAAUUGUUUGAGAUAGCCUUGUGCCAGUUUUAGUUCUUAAUGUUUUAUAACGGAAGCAAGAGAAACUGAGCAAAAGAUAAACCAAUCAAUGAACUAGGGACAUUGAAGCAUGAAGAACUAAUGAGUUUUCCAAUUCUUUUGCAAAAAGCACUAUGACCCAUUUUCCUCUGAGCAAAACUACCAAAUUACCUAAUGUGUAGUGUUUGCUCCCUGUGAUUGAUGUGUGUGUAUUAUUUAUCCAGUCUCCUUAUAUUAUAGAGGUAAGGGAACCCUUAAUGAAAUUCAUGACUCACUCUAGUGUUACCAUGAUCAGGCCCUCGUUUUAAAAGCCUUAGGAAAACAGGGACUCAGAGCUCCUCUGCCUGCUGAACCCACUAAGACACUUGAACUCAGGACACAAGGGAGAAACGUGCUAAGAGGAAGGCACACUUGGCAAAUUCACACCGUGAUCAACUCCCGCCCGGAAACCAAUGUCCCCACUGUGGAAUGACGUGUGGAUCCAGAAUUGGCCUCCACAGUCACUUACGGACUCAUUGUUAAAACCGUGUUUAUGGAAGACAAUCUUACUCGGCUACAAGUGAUCGCCAAAGAAGAAUCUGAACAUUGAAAUAAUGGUUGUGUUUGAGCACACCUGGUCCCCCAAAGCCCACAUGAUGCCCUUAUUCAAUCCAUGUAAAUCACAACUGCUUGUGUCCUGAAAAUUGUUGGAAGCAAUGAGCUGGUGAAAACUUUUCCACAUAGGAAUUGUUUUUUUUUAUAAAAGCACCCCUUCAUGUACUUCACAUUUAGCACUGAAUUGUGAUGGUAAUACGGAAUGCUUAUGUGCAGAUGUGUCCUACUUUUCACUCUUUGGGCUCUAUUCACAGAUUUUUAGCAUACUCAUCAUUAUAACUGUCAUUCAUUUCCAGUUUCUUCACUCAGAUAUUGUAUAAGAAUGAAAAAUAGCUUCCCCACAGUCUCCCCUCAAUCUCUUCUCUCUCUCUCUCUCUCUCUCUCUCACUCUCACUCUCACGCACAUACAUGCGCGCGCGCGCACACACACACGGUUUUGAUGGCAUCCUAAUGCUCCCUGAAGUUGCACAAUAAUAUAACUCUGCAAGUUGUAGUUGGUAGGUGUGUUAGAACUGAACAGCCAUGAUCUUGAUAGCCAUUCUGUGCAUUAAGGCAUGGCUCUAACGGGACUGUAAUGCAUUGGCCAGCAGGUUGGGGAUUUAGUGCUUAAAUGUCAGUGUUUCAAAGGUUCCCUGUGUUGAACACAAGCACACCUCCCUGCUCAUCAAGGAGAAAAACCCUUCUCACUGUGCUCUGCUAGCUUACUUUUGAACGCUCCCACACAUAAAUAAUGUAACAUCCCAUCUGACAGUUCUAGCAGUCAUGUGAUGUCCUAUGUGACAUUCCAUCACAAAAUGCACGUGGAAUCAGAACAUGGCUAUUGACCAUCAGAAACAGAGGUGUCUGGGUUAUUCUAAAUAUUAUGUGGUUCUUGGUUAGGUUAGCAUUUGGUUUCUUCUUUCUCAGAUCAUGUUUCCAUUUGGAAGGGACCCUGAGGAUCAUCUAAUCCAACCCCCAGCAAUGCAGCAAUAUGCAGCUGUUCCUUACGGGGAUUGAACCUUCCACCUUGGUGUUAUCAGCACCAUGCUCUAACCAACUGAGCUAUCCAACUGAUUUAGUACUUGGCCACAGCUGAGCACACUGAAUGGAUCCCAAUGCGCCUUUCCUCCAUGGUACCUGCAAUUAAAGACAUGGAAACCCUCUUCCAUUUGGUUGCCAUAGUAGCACAAAAACAAAAAACCCACCCACAGACAGUCCACUCUUCUGCUCAACUACCAUAAGCUACCAUGUUUCUAGUUAUAGGGUAGUAUUCAGUUAAUUUUUACUUAGAGUAAACCCAUUACAAUUAAUGGACCUAACCUUGUCACAUUCAUUAAUUUCAGAGGAUCCACUAUGAGUGAAAGUUAGUUGAAUAACACCCAUAGUAUUAAUUAUCCAGAAACUUUAUUACUAAUUAUUUAUUUGUGUAUCGCUAAAUUGCCAAAGUGGCUUCUAAGUCAUUUGUAAGAAUAAAACCAACUGCAAAACACUAAUAAUUAAACUACACAGUAAAACAAUUCCAUCAGUACAUUAAAAUAAACGUAUGCAAUUAGAAUGUGUGAUGAGGCCAUUAAAAUAGCAGAAAACAAUUCAAACAGGUUUAGGUCAGGAGAUCGGGGGAAUGGUUGUCUAAGUAGGUGUGUCUUCAAAAGUAAUUAGACAUUUCCUUACCUCAUUUUUAAAAACUAUUUGAAAUUGUUUAGCUUUACAGAAAAAGUCUUGUGUUUUUAUUUCAAGAUAAAUGCUAAACUUUCUACUCAUGUCUGGGGUAGGAGAAAACCUGUGGCCCUCCAGACUCUUCUCGGUCUCAGCCAGCAUAAUCGAUGGUCAAGGAAGAUGGGAACUGUGUUCCAGCAGCAUUUGAAGGGUCACAGCUUCCCGAUUCCUAACUUACAUGAUAUCUGCUAUGGAUGGCUGUGAAUAUUGUGCUUUAAUUUCAAACUGAGCAUUUGAACUUUGCAAGGGGUGCAGGCGUUUCUGCUUAUGUUGUUGCCUGUUGAAUGCUCCUUGUUUCCUAAAGGGAUGAACAUAAAGAACACUUAAGAGUAUCAUUUUUACUUUGUCCUAAUAGUUUGACACUUUGUCGUCUUUUAGGCUUCAAGUGGCAAUUACUACUUCAUUCCGUACAUUGUAACGCCAUGUGCGGAUUAUUUUUGCUGUGAAAGUGAUGCCCAGCGGAGAGCCUCUGAGUACAUGCAGCCCAACUGGGACACCAUCCUGGGGCCUCUGUGCGCUCCAUUGAUGGACAGGUUUAUCAGCCUUCUCAAGGACAUUCAUGUCACAUCAUGGUAAUUUUUACACACUUUCCUCUUUUAGUUAUAGUAGCUUCCAGGCUUGUUGGGUAUAGUAUAUAAAGAGCAGCAAGUAGCUCUCUCAAUACCCUGGUGAAUGGGUUGGUGGAUGGGUCAUACUUAUUGAUAAAGGUAAAGGGACCCCUGACCAUUAGGUCCAGUCGUGGCCGACUCUGGGGUUGCGGCGCUCAUCUCGCUUUAUUGGCCGAGGGAGCCGGCGUACAUCUUCCGGGUCAUGUGGCCAGCAUGACUAAGCUGCUUCUGGCGAACCAGAGCAGCACACAGAAACGCCGUUUACCUUCCCGCUGGAGCGGUACCUAUUUAUCUACUUGCACUUUGAUGUGCUUUGAACUGCUAGGUUGGCAGGAGCAGGGACCGAGCAAUGGGAGCUCACCCCGUCACGGGGAUUCAAACCGCCGACCUUCUGAUUGGCAAGUCCUAGGCUCUGUGGUUUAACCCACAGCGCCACCCGCGUCCCUUAUACUUAUUGAUACUUAUUGAUAUAAUGUAAUUUAGUGUAAAAGGAGUUUUUGUUUUUGUUAUUAAAACCUAGCAAAAGUUCUUUUGCAUUUCUUGAAUGUGUGGUCUCCCCAGCAUGCCUUCUGCAACGCAACUAAUCUGCAAAAUAACCAACACAUAUAUCUUCCCUGCCUGAGGGGCGGAUCAUAGGGCGGAGUCUUAAUUUGAGCUAAAUUGCAUCUCUCUCAUGCAGCUAGGCAUAGUAACUUGUGGUUAUUUUCCAAUAUACUAACAGUACAUAGAAGCAGAGCUGUCAGGCUAGCCCCUGGGAGAAGAAGGGAGUAAAAAUAAAUGUAGUAUAGAUUUCAAAGCCCCUGGUUGAAAUAAGAUGCUUUUAGACUAGUAUCCUUCAAAGUGUCUGAUGUUUGUUAGUCCCACAGGACUGUAACUAAAGUCUUACUAUAGCAGCUAAUCUUUAACAUAUCUUAACAGUCAUCAGCAGAAGUCGUUUUGUCUUUGAGUAGUAAAUGUUAUUUACAAAACUCAUUGCUAGUAACAGUAACAAUGUGCUGAUGGGUAAAAGCUAGCUUGCUAAUUAGAGUGACAUCAGAAGACCAGAUGAAAGAGAAAGGGAAUUACAAGUUACAUUUCUUGGUAGAUGAACUAAGUUGUGAUUGUGUCUAUAGUGGUAGAGUUCAAGGGUGGGGAACUGGUUCCAGCUAAGGGGGCCAGAUCCAGAACCCAUGCUGACUACUUUGACAGGUAGGUACAGCUGUCCACUUGUCAAUCACAUCAGCAUUACAUUAGGUGUUUCAACUUCAAAAGAAAGAAUCAGAGCCCUCUUGUAAGCGUGCUCUUGAUUCUUCCUUUGCAGGCACAAGUACAUUAAAUUAUGCUGCUAUAUUACAGUAGGUCACGACAUUAAAUCAAGUUAAAUUCACUUAACACUGUGUGUGCAUCAGACCUCAUUUGUUGUUCUGUUAGGCUACUUCGCAUAUGAUUAAGGUGUGUUUGAUUUUAUAUCAAUUUCAUAUUCUAUAUUUAGAGAUAAUUGCUGGGGUUCUGAAAAGUUUACUUUUUCAUUUGAAAUGGAUCCACUUCUUAAGUAGCCAAUGAUAUCAGUUAUGUAAUUCCUCCCCAAAUGAUCUAUUAUUAUUUAUUAAGUUUGUUAGUGACUGUUCACCAUCAGGUCCCAGGGCUGGUUAUGACAAUUUAAAAUUCAAUAUUAAAAACAGUCGGAACAAAAUUCAAGAAUCUGCAAGACUUUACAAACCUCUUUAGGAUCCUAGUUAAAUGGUUACGUCCCAUUUUAUUCAGUGUGGUUUAGACAUACCUAAUUUAUUUCCAAUUUCACAUUCUAGAGCCAAACUGAUUUUUCAGAAAACAAGAGUGUAGAUUCAACUUAGGUUUGUAAGGUACAUUUAAUCAUGGCCAGGAUCCAGAAGAUAACAUAAACCUCCUACCUUGCUAUAGGGAGAACUAGUUUUGAAACUGAAGGUAGUUUAAAAAGCAGUUUUUGAUACAUCACGAUAUGAAGUUCUGCCAUUUAAAAAAGUCAGCAAUGCCACUUAGUUCAUGCAAGCCUUUGGUUAUACUAUGAAGAAUCUUAGGGUUCUAGCCAUUGAGUGUGAUAGCUUACAUACUGUUAUUUACUUUCAUUAAGCUUUGUUCAUAUUUCCCCCCUUAAAAUACAGCAUUGAUAGCAACCAUAGUUGUGAUUCUGUUUUGAUUAAAAAAAUGUGUGUGUGGGAAUGGAGAGUUGGUUAGAAAAAUCAUACUUGCUGGUUGUAUCCCUACCCUCCACAAAUUCAGUGUGAUUUAAGUCCUUUUUCACACCUCCUAAAUCAUGCAUUCGGUGAAACUAUGCAUGUUGAUGUUAACUGCAUGGCGGUUAAAUUAUAAUAAUCCUAGGCACAUUGCAGAGGGGGAUUUACACUGGUGCUGCUGUGUGUGGGGAUGGCAGGUUUAACCUUUCCCUCCCCAGCCUUUUUUCUGAUGAAAAUGGAUCCUGUGUUCUGCUAUUAGUGAUUCUAAAAAACAAAUUGGGGGUGUUCUGUUGCUGAGUGCAGUGCAUGGACUGAAAUCUCCUGCCACCCACAUGCUUUGUAUCAAAUUUAAAAUCCUUUGAUGUGGCAACAAGCCAAGCAAUCAACAUAAUGUGUAAUUAGCUUCUGAAUAUGCAGAGGGACAUGGGCUCACUCCUGCUUUUCUGGCCUCCUACCUCUAUGUUUUUACUUUAAAAACAGGUUUAUUUCACACCAAUCUGUGCCACAUGGGUACAGCUUUGUGGCUGGGGCCUAUGCAGUAAUUUAGGCUUCUUGUAUCAUCCUCCAUUUUCCCCCCACAAAAGCUAUGCAGAGCUCACUGUCAGGGUAGGAUCAGGCACAUUCCCUCCAUGAUUCUAUUCUUCCUGAUAUGUCAUGUUCACAUGGCCUUUAAGGUAAUUAGACCUUUCUGUUCCUAAUGUUUAUUAAUUUUCAAUAAAGAGAUUUGGCAUCCCUCUCCAUAUCUCCGAGGAAGGAUCUCUCAGAGAAACCAAGGUCUAAUAUUUUGGUGGUCACAUUUCAUCAGCCCUAGAUAACAAUUAAUGUAGUAAUAAUGCUUUCCCUGCUAUGCUUAAUUCCUCUAGUACAUAUUACAAGGAAACUCUGUUAAAUGACAUUAGAAAAGCUAGGGAGAAGUAUCAAGGAGAAGAACUGGCAAAGGAACUGACCAGGAUUAAACUUCGUAUGGAUAAUACUGAAGUCCUCACUUCUGACAUUGUAAUCAACUUACUUCUGUCAUAUCGAGAUAUCCAGGUAUGUUACUUUUACCAUAAAUACAUAGUACAUGUCCCCAAUGUUAUUUUAUCAAGGUUUUACCCAUUUUUAAAAAUAUUUUUUAAAGGUGAUCUCAAGUUCAGAAUCAUUGGGUUCUACAGAAUCUGGAUUCAUGACGACUGUUUCCUUAAAAACAGCACAAAAACGCUCAACAACUUUGGCCCCAACAACAUGUGUGUCCUGAUUUUCACUGUUUGAAAUAUUGCAACCCUAGAUAUCAGUGUUUUAUUUACAUUAAUUUGCUGCAAAUAUUUCUGCCCUUUUCUAUAAUAUUUGUCAACAAGAUAUGGAAGUUGAGGAAAUGAGCCACAUAACUUCUUGCUAUCUGACCCUGCAAUCUGAGUUUAAUGUGUUCAUUUUACUUAGUACCCUUCAGGUUAUAAUUCCCCACUAGGAGAUUAUGAGUAAGACUGCUUUAAAAAAUGUUUUCCAUUGCAGUGCAUGCUUGCCUUCAGCUAGAAAUGCAAUAAUGCUUAAAGAGCAAUGUGAGCCAUCUAGUGGAAUGGUGCAAGUGACUUGUUAACACAGGCAAGGAUGCAUUCCAUUCAGGAUUGUGUUAGUUCAUAAAUUCUGGCUCAUGUAGAGUUGUGUGUGUUCCUUGUAGGCAGAGAAUAUAUUUCUAGCAGAUCUUGUCCUAGGAUGAGGGAAGUAUCAAGGAGAUAGGCUAUACAUCUUUUUAAGUAGUUGUUGCUCAUGGUCAGAAUAAGUAAAAACCAUUUGAUGGAUGAAUUUUGGUUAGUAAUGCUUUCCUCUGUUACCUCUUUAAACUGCUGUUAGGACUAUGAUGCCAUGGUGAAGCUGGUGGAAACACUGGAAAUGCUCCCUACUUGUGAUCUGGCUGAUCAGCACAAUAUCAAAUUUCAUUAUGCAUUUGCACUGAAUCGGUAAGAUUAACUCCUGUGUGAAUACAUUUACAGAGAGAGGUAACUAUUCCAUUAGUGCAAAGGCAUCUUCAACUUAAAACAGUUAUUGCAACCACAGACUCUGAUAUUUGUUACAUGAAGGUGACCCAAACAUUCCCAGUGUAUUUCCACACUCAAUCCAUUCUACUUAAACAGAUGACUUUCCAGCCACCGCUUAUGUCUCUCUUUUGCCAUUCCCCCCAGAAAAUAUUUUACAUCCUCCUACAGACUCUGUUGGACUACAUUCUGCUUAGUAGGCUGAUAAUUGAAGUAUAUGUAGCUUCUUAUUUAAAAGUGUAAGUUUAAUCCAUGGUGCUCUUGUCCCUCAUAUAUUCUAAGUGAUCACUGUGCUCUGCAGGAGAGGGGCUCCAGCUGAUAACCAGCUCAUUAGGAAGCAUGUUCCAUACAGUGUAAGAACUGGGUUUUUAGUGCAUGCUACCCCCACAUACUCUUGCAAUUUUCUCCCAGUAUACAGUAUAUCAGACAGGUACCCUUGUUUCUGCCUUUUGGGGUACUUAUUGAAUAUGAUCUUCUUUCAACAAGCCUUUUAAGCAAGAUUCUCAUUCCAGUCUUUAUCGUGAUUAGCUUAGAAAAUGUAUUUAUGUAUUUACGUAUGUUUUAAUGUUGAUAUUUUUUAUUGUUAAAUUGCUUUUGGGAUUCAUUGACUUAAAAAAAAAAAUACAGUGAACUAACCUGUAAAAAAUCAAGAAUUACUCUGAAUUUUUUCAUUUCUUUUUUUAAAGUACUCAAUACAUGCUAGGGUAUAUUAUCACAGUACAGCUUCGGUUUAAGCCUAACCCAAGUUAUUUAUAAUAGGCAAAUUACCUAAGAUUGUUUACUCCACAAUAUGAAAAUACAGUGUGUGCUUAUUUUAAACGCCAAUUACUUUGUGAAUGGUUUCAUCAUACUUAUUAUAGGCUCAGCUGUCCUGCAUUUUCAUUACUGUGCAAUAUAGCACAGAGGUCAUGUUUAUAAAUGAUAACUUGGAUAGUAAACUGCUGGUGACAGGUGCUUCAAGGCUGAAGUCAUAGCCUAAAUAUUGUCAGUACAUGAACAUGAUGAAGGAUGGCCAGAGUCACUGCCAGGACUGACAACAGGCGCCCUUUAAGCCAACACCUCAAAGCUUUUCCAAUAACAAAAGGUGUUGAGUAGUUAAAGAGAAGAAACACCUUUUGGUGCACCAUAAUAGAUCAAGAUUUUUUAAAAAUCCCAUAAGGGAAGUCAAACAACUUCCUAUAAAGGAAGACAAACAAGGUUCCUGUGAUCAUGUUGUUUCAGAGGAACUUCUCAGAGCUUCUAAACAAUAUGCACAUGCGUAAUAUAUGGUAUAGGCUGGGAUCUAAAGCCUACUUUGGGCAUGCUCAGUGACUUGUAUGCAAUUUUUAUAAUAUUUUUAGCUCUUCUGACAACAUGAGUUCAGGAAGAACUCAGUCACCUUUUGAGAGUAGAUAAAUAGCUAUCUUCUUUUUAAAUUUCAGCUGUAUUCCAUGCUGUUCCAAAACUAAUCUUGGUGCAUACCUUUCUUUUCCUGGUAACACAGGCUUUGAGUUUUAUUUUUGUAUCAUUCAUAAUAAGCAAGGAAUAGGUACAGUUACUGCUUUUGUGCACCCCUUUCAUAGCCAUCCAGAUAAAGUUGAGGCAGCAUUCCAAAAAAUGGGUAGUUAGUUCAUUAAGUUCAGAUAAUGAUAAUGUAGUUCGGGCUUUUAGGUUCACGUAUAAGCUCGAACCUCUUUAAAGAGUUGCAAUAUUUUGUAUGAGAGAAGCACACAAGUAAUGGAUCACAGAGUAGUGAGGGAGUUGCAGCUUCCCAUGCAAAAUGAGUCUCACAGCUUUCACCUUUUGUUGUUUCUCACAUGCAGCUCUUAACAGCUGCAGCUAGUUGACUUGUGUCCAGCCCAGAGGCUAGAUAAGACAGCUGCUGCAGUGGAUAAGUGGCUAACACGGGAUAAGUGUCUUUUAAUUUUCCUUUUGGUGUCUUCUCUUCAGGGUCACCCGACUAACCACUUCCCUCUUUAAUGUUGUAUUGUUGAAUUUAUUGCCCAGUAGGAGAAAGUGAGCGAUGUAUUACAGUAUUGGGUGGUAACUGGAACUGUGUUUUUGCUGCUGAGAGUGGGAUUCUAUGUUCUAACUUUUUGUGUUUUAUAAUUUUGCUUAAUAACAAUAAGUAUGAGAGACUGAAAUGGCAGAGAGUAAAGGCCUACCUGGGUGGGAGAGAGGGAGGGCGUGGUUAUGUAGCUGUGUGUUUGGCACUGUGUUGCUUUAGAUGGUGGUGUGUACUGGUGAGAUUACUCUGGCAUGGAGCAUGUGUGAAGCUUCUAUUUCAAUUAUUUUGUUCUGCUGCCAGUGCUGCUGUUUUGCAUAGUUCUCUUCAUUUUUUGGUUUUUGAUUCCCCCCCCCCCCGUAUUUUUUUUAAUGUUUAAGAGAAUAUUUUGUUUCUCCUGUUAAUCAAGCUGCUUUAAAUGUGUAAUCAUUGAUAUUGACAGCGUAUGACAACAAAGUACAUCACUGUAGGGGAAAGUAUUUGUGUGUUUGGGCAGUAUACUGUAUCCAGUAUUAAAGCUCUCAUAACAAGAAUUGCCUUGUCGGUUGAAAAUUGCAUCAUGUCUGAAUUUAUCAUUGAAAGGAAUUAUUCUGCUUACUUAAGCAUAGCAAGCUUUGUGCUGCAAUGUUUGCUUCUGAAUAUUUUCAAAUAAAACAUAGCAUAGGUAAUUUGUAAAUAGUGUGGUUGCAUUUCAUGUACUAAUACUGUAUGAUAAAUGUUUACAGCUGGUAAUGUUUUCCAGCCAGAACUGAAUUUUGUUUCAUUUUGGGUAGAUAAUUGACAGUGCCACCUGCUGUCGCCGAUGCAAUGCAUAGUGGUCCUGGUCUUAGCCUCUAGAGCAGGAGAAAACAAGCUUGCUCCAUCUUCCAUAUGACAACCCUUGAGAUAUUUGAAGAUGGCUAUCAUAUCUCCUCCCAGUCUCCUCUUUUACAGGCUAAACACACCUAGCUCCCUCAACAGGGAGUCUUAGUUUCCAGACCCUUGAUCAUCUUCAUUUCCCUCCCACGUUCCAGCAUGUGAAUAUCCUUCUUAAAUUGAGGUGCCCAGAACCAGACAUAGUACUCCAGGUUCGGUCUUACCAAGGCAGAAUAGAGAGAGAUUAUUACUUCCCAUGAGUGGGACACUAUUCUGUUGAUGCAGCCUUUUUUGCUGCUGCAUCACACCAUUGACUUGUGUUAAGCUCGUGGUCCACCGAGACUCCUAGAUCCUUUUCACAUGUACUAUUAGCAAGCCAUGUGUCCUCAAUCUUAUAUUUGUGCAGCUGGUUCUUCCUGUCUAAGUGUACAACCUGACAAACUAACCUCAAACUAAUCAUUCUGUUAGUUUGAAUAUAGCUGCUACUCAUCUGACUUCUGGCAAUUCAGGAUGGCAGAGGACAUGAUUUUAGAAGACUUAUCAGUGUAUAGAGGAAAAGAGCAGAGACAGAACGUACACUGUAUGUAGUUGCAUAUCUUUUGUGUAAAAUCUAUCCAGAAUGUCACAUCUAGAGCUCUGGAAAGCUCCAACAGAAAUUGUAUACACAGUUUCAUACUAAGGUUGCUUAGUGAAAUUAUUGUGUGUAUUUAGUGUAGGAGUCACCAAUCUUUUUUCACCUGAGGGGACAUUUGGAUUUUUGUUUCUACCUACUCUGGCCACUUCUCUUCCCUCUUCCUUGAUCUGUUUUCCCUCAACCCCUAGGACAGAAAGAGUAUGUGUACACACUUCAUCUUUAUAAGGGAUUUUGAUAAAAGUCAGAUCCAGGAGAAUUAAUAUGAGCCUUGAAAUGCACAUAGAGCUGGAAGAGGAAGUGGGAAAGAGCAUCAUUCUUCCAGCUUCCUUUUCCAUCUUUUAUAUGCUUUAUGAGAGAGAGAGAAAAAUAACUACUCUCAUUACAAAGGAGGCAGUGCAUGAGUGGUGAGAGUUCAGAGGCUUUGUGGGCACCAAGGGAGACCAUUGUGCUCAUGGGCACACCAUUGGCAAAUCCCACAUUUAGUGCAUAUUGACAGAGUUAUAAAUUGUGUUAAAUACAAAUACAUGGUUCUUUGUACAAGCUUAUUCAUGUGAUUUUCUGUCUGAAUUUCAGAAGAAACAACACAGGUGACCGGGGGAAGGCACUGCAAGUGAUGCUGCAGGUCUUGCAGACAUGUGAUCGCCCAGCACCUGACAUGUUCUGCUUGUGUGGGAGAAUCUACAAGGACAUUUUCCUUGAUUCGGACUGUAAAGACACCAGCAGCCGAGACACAGCCAUUGAAUGGUAAGAGGAGUGGCAAUGUGUUUACCGUAUCUGUGCAAUUAUGAAAUGGAAAGCAAAGUACUUCACAAGUUCCUUACCAGCCAGCCUCUUGUUUGACGGGAGUUAAGAAUAGGACCUUUCAUUAUCUAGAUAUUAUCUUAAAACUAUGCGAUUCUUACCAUUUUAGUAUUCUGUUACAUCUUAUUACAGUCUUCCAGAAGUAGAGUCGCAAUGAGGAGGAAGCUACUGUUUUGAAAUUUCAGACUAUGGUCAGAGCAUAUUUAGAGGGGAGAUAAAACUAUAAAUUCUUGUUGAUUCAUUUGUGGUUGGAGAGAAGAUCAUAAACAUAAUUCUCAUAAAGAAAGUUUUUUGAAAGAGAUUCUUUUUUGAACAGGAAAGAGAAAAUCUAUUAUUUAUUGGACGAUAGGAAUCAAGAUACUGGGUGAGAUCCAAUGGAGCACUUGUGGGUAUUCACUCGUGCAACAGGGCUUCAUCUUCCUCUCUUCUACCAUGUGCUCUCAAAGUCUGAUCUGGAGUGGGGAAGAAGAGAAACAGGAAGUCCCAUUGCAAAAGGGGAUUCUGUUGUGCAAGCAGGUGGAUAUUUUUAGAUGUUGCCCGUGACAUAUAACAUUUCUGUGUUUGCUCUAGCUGCCCAAUGGAUUUAUCACACAAAAUGAGAUCCAGUGUGCUGAAUGUAUUUUUCAAUUUGAUUUUCUGUGUUUUUGUGAUGACUAAGUUUUAGCAAAUAAAUUUAACUGACCUGUCUGACUUUAAAGCUGUUUAGACUACUGGUCAUCACGACUUUUGAUGGCAGUGAAUUCUAUAAAUUAAUCAUCUGUUACAUGAAAAAAGGACAUCUGUCAUCCUGAAUCUGCUGCUAAUCAGGUUCACCAGCUAACCCCGAGUUCUCAUGUUGUGGGAGAGGGAAGAAAAUUAAAUCCCAAUUAAAUCAUGAGCUCCUGUCUUUCUAGAUAAGAUUAAUUGGAACAACAACAACAACAACAACAAAAAUAAAUCCAUUCACAUUUCCAUAGUUUGCAACCAUGGCUGGCAUGCCUUCUUUAUUGUGAUCUGAGAAACUUCAAAUGUUUUUCUUUGGAACUAUCUUCUCCAGUUUGUUAAAUCUUGUCUCUGCAGGUAUCGUAAAGGGUUUGAGCUCCAGUCAACUCUGUAUUCUGGGAUUAACCUUGCAGUCCUGCUGAUUGUUGCAGGGCAGCAGUUUGAAACCUCCAUGGAACUAAGGAAAAUAGGUGAACAACACAAAAACAAAAACUUGUUGCAGCAGUAGUAGGGUUAUUAAUUAUUGUCAGAUACAUAAAGGGUUGGAUCCAAAGGUCCAAUUGAAUGAAGGAAAUUUCCAGUUGUGGAGCUGGACCUUUGGAUCCAUUGUUCUGAAUUGAAGUUGCAGUGAAUUCUGUAUUUAAGAAUAGUAGUUUUAGCCCACUGUGAAGCAUGUCACAAGUGUUUUGCCAUCAGUUGUAAGCACCUGUUCCUAGAAUGAACUCCUCAAGGGCAAUGGUCCAUGACUAGUAUCUUUGACCAUAUGAAGAAUGCAAUUUAUUUCCCACCAAUGACAUUUAGGCCAUAUUCACUCCAUACAUUUAAAGCAUUAUCAUACCACCUUUAAACAGCCAUUGCUUCUCCCAAAGAAUUCUGGGAGUUGUAGUCUGUUAAGCAUGAUGAGAAUUUUUAGGAGAUGCUCAUUCCCUUUCCAGAGUUACAAUUCCCAGAAUGGUUUAACAGUCCCUCUUCAGAGGGAACUCUGAAAACUGUAGCUAUGAGAGGGGAAUAGAGGGUCUCCUAACAACUCUCAGCACCCUUAACAAACCACCAUUUCCAGAAUUCUUUGGAGGAAGCCAUGACUGUUUAAAGUAUAUCAUAGUGUUUUAAAUGUAUGGCAUGAAUGUGUCCUUUAAUGUGCCUUUGUGUAGUUUUUGUCUACCUAAUACUCUUAGAGGUUAUACUUCCCAUGAUUACCAACACACAUUAUCAUCUUUACAGUCUUUGAGGUUCAUUGUGUUCCCUUGUAACAUACUGUUUUUAUGUGAAUUUGUCAAGGUGUGCGAUUGAACAGUUUGUUGGGAAGAAAAGGGAGUUUGGAAAAAAUGAACAAUUACUGGGAUGUCGGGCAGUUCUUCAGUGUAAGCAUGUUGGCCAAUGACAUUGGUAAAGCAGUGCAAGCAGCAGAGAGGCUGUUUAAACUGAAACCACCCAUUUGGUAUGUAUCAUCACAUAUUACAAUUUGCGUAGUUACAUCUCCUGCUCUCUGCCCUCACCCCCACACCCCAUUGGACUUCAUUAAGUUCUCCAAUGCUCCAUGCACCAUCACCACUCUUUGCAUGAUGGUUAAAUAACUAUGUUUUCAUUUUCAGGACUUCUGAUUUUCAAGUAGACUUCUAAUAUUCUAGCAAAGGCUUGUUGUGUCAUUAACUUAGAGUAAAUACUGUUGUUCUUGGUUGUUUAAUUAUUGAUUCUAUGCAUGUGUUUCAGGUAUUUGAAGUCAUUGGUUCAGAACCUGAUGUUAAUACAGCGGUUCAAGAAACUCACCAUAGAACAUUCUCCUAGACAAGAGAGACUGAACUUCUGGUUAGAUAUCAUUUUUGAGGCAACUAAAGAAACAACUAAUGGCUUGAGAUUCCCAGUAAGUCUCUGUAAUGCGCAGAGCUUAUAUAUCUGGUUAAUUUGGACUAAAAUCCUGUAUAUACUUGCCUAGGAGCAAUCCCAGUUAAACUAAUCAGGGUUUACUUUUGAGUAGACAGGCUUAGAAUUGCACUAUUAGUAACAGAAAAUUGUGGCCUAGUGUUAGGAGCUACCAUGUAAACUAGAAUCAAGUGACAAGUAAAUCUGCCCAAGCUGCAUGUAGUGUUUUCUGCCAAGUAGAACAGAGCUGGCAUGUCCUGUUUGGUAGGGAGUGGACCUCGGUGGCAGUUAUUGCUUGCUGUUUUUGCUACUGAUCUGUAGGGGUUGCCAGUUGGAAGUGGGAAACUUUCUAAGAGAAAAAUGUGUUCUGUAAUCGUAUCACUAUGUAAUUCAUUGUCUUUAAAAAAAAUAAAACAACAGCAGUACACAAGUGGCUUGAGCAUAAAUGGAUGUUUGAUACAAGAGGCAGUCUAAUGCAAAUGAAUAAAAGAAUAUAAUAUACAAGAAGGAAAGAGUACAAGAAAUUGUAUGAGACCUGAUUAAAUAAAUAGUUUGAUCCACAGCCAAGAAGAAAAUGCAGUGUUAAUUGUGAACAAAUUUUCAGCACACGUUCAAUGGGAUUUACUCCCUAGUUCAGGUGUAACUAACAUUGUGUCCUCCAGUUGUUGUUGGACUACAACUUCCACCAUCUCUGGCUGUUGGCCAUGCCGGCUGGGAUGGAUGCGACUUGUAAUGCACAAUGUCUGAAGGCUGCCAUGUUGGCUACUCCUGCCUUUUAGGACAACAGCCUUAUAAUUAGCAUUCCGAUGCUGUAAGGAUGUGUCACUGAUCUAGUUAGGUUUCACUGAACAUGUGUGUGCUUCGUUUAGGUAUUGGUGAUAGAGCCAACUAAGGUAUACCAGCCUGCGUAUGUUUCAAUCAACAAUGAAGCGGAAGAAAGAACUGUUUCCCUUUGGCACGUGUCUCCAACAGAAGUGGUAAGACCAAUGGUGAAUUUCUUCUUUCCCUCUAGAAAUUCUGAUCAUCACAUCUUGGCUUCUUUGUAUACAACUCUUUUUUUAAAAAAGAGGCUUCACAAAAAUGUCACACAAUGCACAUAAGUAUCUUCUUUGUCCCGUAGAUGGAAAAACUGAGGUACUAAUAACAGGGAGCCAGCCUUAAGCCCCAGGGAAAUGAAUUAUCAUACAAACUUUUUCGUCUGUUCAGCAUGAAAGCACAUGGGCACAAAGCAUGACAGAGAUCCCGUGUGAGCACAUGCAGGCACGAACACUCCACCUCUAACCUUCCUGUGUCAAAUGGGAAGAUCUGAAGGAGGCUUGUGUUGUUGUUGUUUGGUCGUUUAGUCGUGUCCGACUCUUUGUGACCCCAUGGACCAGAGCACGCCAGGCACUCCUGUCUUCCACUGCCUCCCGCAGUUUGGUCAAACUCAUGCUGGUAGAUUUGAGAACACUAUCCAACCAUCUUGUCCUCUGUCGUCCCCUUCUCUUUGUGCCCUCAAUCUUUCCCAACAUCAGGGUCUUUUCCAGGGAGUCUUCUCUUCUCAUGAGGUGGCCAAAGUACUGGAGUCUCAGCUUCAGGAUCUGUCCUUCCAGUGAGCGCUCAGGGCUGAUUUCCUUAAGAAUGGAAAGGUUUGAUCUCCUUGCAGUCCAUGGGACUCUCAAGAGUCUCCUCCAGAAGGAGGCUUGUACUGUAAGCCAAUUCAGCUGAAUGUGCUUGAAAGCCUCCCUGUGAUUGGGCAGGUUAGGGGUAUAGUGGGAUUGCGGGGCGUUUGCACACCUGGUCUCAGUACACUUCAUACUACCAUGCUUUUGGGUUGAAAGGGCUAUACAGGGCUAUACAGAAUUAGAUAUAUGAUCUCUUAACCUUCUACUCCUUGUUUUAUUUUAUUACAGUACAGUGGUGCCUCGCAAGACGAAAUUAAUCCGUUCCGCGAGUGUCUUCGUCUAGCGGUUUUUUCGUCUUGCGAAGCAACCCUAUUAGCGGCUUAGCGGAUUAGCGCUAUUAGCGGUUUAGCGGCUAUUAAAGGCUUAUCGGCUUAGCGGCUUAGCUGCUAAAGGCUAUUAGCGGCUUAGUGGCUUAGAAAAAGGGGGGGGGAGUGAAAAAAAAUCUCAAGACUCGCAAGACAUUUUCGUCUUGCGAAGCAAGCCCAUAGGGAAAUUCGUCCUGUGAAGCAACUCAAAAACGGAAAACCCUUUCGUCUAGCGGGUUUUCCGUCUUGCGAGGCAUUCGUCUUGCGGGGCACCACUGUAUCACACAUUCCACUGAGAACUUAUGAAAUUUGGGAUGCUCAUAAAAAUUCUGAUACCAGAAUUCUCAUUAGGAUAAACCAUCCUUGGUGGUGGGGGGGGAAGAAUGCGUUUCAUUCUUAGAUCUACAGCAGGAAAAUAGGAGGACUGUGAAUUGGUUUCAAUGAUUUAGCCCUUCGCUUUCGAGUUAUGAAAAUGUUAGGUUUUGUACAAAUGAUACACUCAGUAUGACGCAGUACAUGACAUGAAUAUUCUUCAGCACUAAUGUAACACUGCUUCUCAACCCACUCUGUCCAGGAGUCACAGCUGCUAAGCCACAAAAUCCAGCAAUCAAAUUGUCCUUAUUUUUGCUCUAGCUAAUGUACAUAUUUGCUUAUCAGUGAACCAAGGACUGUGGAUCAGAUCAUCUGAGCAUUCUUCUCAGAUACGUGGUCAUACACGAGAAGCCAAUAGGUAGCCCUGUAGACAGUUUAGGUAAGCAUUUCUGCAGGCUUGCCGCAGCAUACUUCAUGACUUUGUGAUUAUUCUUUCUGACAUGAAUUGAAGGAGCCACACACACACACACACACCGCCCUCCCUUUCAGGGGGAUGUUUGGAUUCACUGAGCCUAGCCAUUUCCACAAAUUAAGGCAUAAUGCCAUUAGGAUGGACAUCAGACUUUCAAUUGAAAGGAAAUUCAUAGUGUCAUGAAAUUUAGGAAGACCAUUUUCGUUCUGCAAUGGCAAGGAGUAAUGUGUUGCUGUUGGGGCCUAGUGUUGUGUCCCUUCUUUAUCUUGCUACUUUUUGGGGGGGGGGGUAGAAGCAACCUUGCUAAUAUUGCUGUAUGCUGCCUGAAAGCAAAAUAUUGGUGCCCAAAGACUGAGAUCAUCCUUGUGAUAUGAUGAUAAUGGUUUGUAAUCUUGCUUUGAAACCAUCUGUGUUCUUACCCAUUUGCAGAAACAGAUUCAUGAGUGGAAUUUUACAGCUUCUUCUAUUAGAGGAAUAAGGUUGGUGUCCUUGAAAUGGUUUUAUUUUUGUUUUACUUACAUGCCUCAUUUUGCCUUAGGGAUAUGUGAAGAAUGUAUAUGUGUUUUCCCACCAAUGCUAGCAAACGAUGUAGUUUGGGUAUCCUUUAUAUCCCACCCAACUCCCUAGAUGUGAAAGCUGUUUCCUUGAAAUAUAGUAUAAAUAUUCCUUAGUUCUUUAUCCCUAAAGAAUCCUUUACCAGACAUCUGAAGCAACAAAUGGUUGCUGCUUCAUGUAUGGCCAAGGGAAGGGCAUUCCACAAUAAAAGAGCAAUAGAAUGCCCAUUUUUUUGGCAGGGUUGUCCCUAUAGUGUAAGGUGUGAUGCCGCAGGUAGACUUUCCCCUAGGGUUGCCACAUUUUGAAGAGCAAAAAAAAAGGACACUUUUGUGUGCUGUGUCAUGUGAUCCAUUAUUUGGGGUGGGGCUUACCUGAACCCCUCUAUUUUAUUCAAGUUGGCACACCUGUCUGGGGUACUUUAGUUGAGAUUCCUGCAUUGAUGGGGGGUUCGACUAAAUGACCCUCCAGGACCCCUUCUAACUCUACAGUUCAAUGAUCAAUGAACCCUGUUUCUUUAAGUGAGCUUCAUUAUUUUAUUGUUGGUUGUUUUAUUUGAUUAAUUCCAUUAGGGCCCUGUUUUGCGACUGAAAAUUAGGUUAAUACAUUUUUAUAGAAAAUAAAAUAGGUUGUCUUCCUUAAGUCAUAAAAAGGUAAAGAUAAAGGGACCCCUGACCAUUAGGUCCAGUCGUGACCAACUCUGGGGUACAGCACUCAUCUCGCUUUAUUGGCUGAGGGAGCAGGCGUACAGCAUCCAAGUCAUGUGGCCAGCAUGACUAACCCGCUUCUGGCGAACCAGAGCAGUGCACGGAAACGCCGUUUACCUUCCUACCGGAGUAGUACCUAUUUAUCUACUUGCACUUUGAUGUACUUUUGAACUGCUAGGUUGGCAGGAGCAGGGACCGAGAAAUGGGAGCUCACCCCGUCACAGGGAUUCGAACCACUCACCUUCUAAUCAGCAAGUCCUAGGCUCUGUGGUUUAACGCACAGCGCCACCCGUGUCCUUAAGUCAUAUGUAUAUUCUAAUGCUAGUUCUUGGGGAGAGUAAAGAAGAUAGCUUUUUUUCUUGUGAUUUUCCAAUGCUUUCAAUUUACAUGAAGGACUUUACCCCUCUUUUGUAGUACUAAGCAGGAGGCAUCUUAAAUAUUUCUUCAUAAUGUGCAGGCUCUAUAAUAUAGUUUAGUCAUUGCUCAGCAUAGUAGCUUGGAUAUUUUGCUUCUUGUCUUCCUUCUCCCUCCUCUGUUGAAUUGAUAUUUUCAUGGUCUUUUAAUGGCACCACUUUCAAAUAACAUGUUCCUUAUAUUGCUGAAGUUACACCAUUGAAAGAUGUAGUGUGAGAAAGUGAGUUUAAUCUUUCUCUCCACGUACAUUUCUCUACAGAAUAUUAUAUUUAGAUUGGCAAAUUGGAAACUGGAUGGAUAUUGAUUAGUGUUUCUUCCAUGGCUUUUGAAAAUUGUCAUUGCUUUCUCCUUUCUCUCAUCUAGGCUGGUAUGGAUUUUUUCUGCCUCAUGAAUAUAGUACUAGACAAACAUUGUCUGCAAACUUCAGCAGUUUGAAUUGCAGGGAUUUUAGGUCAUUUGAAAAAAAAGAAACCAGACAUGGGAGAAAGUAAUGCUAUUAUUCUCCUGUUAUGACUCCCCUUACAAUAACUGCUAAAUGCACUUUUAUUAUACAGAAUCUGGAAAUAUCUUUACUUUUUGUUCGAAACUGACUUUAAAAGAGUGUUAGUAAUCAACCUGAGAGAGUAAAGUAAGCAGAACAAUGAAUUAUUUGUUCUGAGCUAGUAAUUUAUGGUUUUGCAGUGUUGUAAAUCCUAAUGGGGCAGUCUUUAUUAUUUUUUUGGCACUUAUUGAAGACUUUCCUUUUUCAACAGGCUUUUUAAAGGGGAGAUUUUUAUCUUGCCCUGUAUUUAUAUUGGAUUUGAAAUGGUUUUUAUAUAUGAAAUUGUUUAAAUUGUUAUUAUAAAAGAAAUUGUUUUAUAUCUGUUUAUACUGGUGAUAAUUUAUUUUGAGAUGCUUCAUUGGAAGCGACUCAUAAGUGGAAUGGCACUAACUAAAUAAGUGAAUGAAUGAAUGAUUAACACCCUGGCAAUACAUAUAUCUGGUUUUUUGAAGGUCACAGAUCUUAACUUUUCCUGCUAUGCAGACUGACUGUUGUUUCCAUUGUCCUAGUGAUCUGUUCUGCACAUUUUUAUCAUCAUUUCCUCAUUUUAUUCAUAAAUGGCACCCAAAUUGUAUUGCUUGUCAUCUCCAGUUCGAAGCAGGCUUUUAAAAAACCAUGACUGUGCUGUUGUCUCUCUUUGAUUCUGUAAACUCUGUAGUGGUAGAAGGAAAACUGAACUGCUGUGUGAGCUGAGCUCCUCCAUUUGUUCCUUCAUCUUCAUACCUCUGCCCCCACAUCCACGCCACUUGUGCUUAGCAUAACUUGAUUGUAAUUCUUUUUCCACAGCAUAUCUAAAUUUGACGAACGGUGUUGUUUUCUGUAUGUCCACGACAACUCUGAUGACUUUCAGAUCUACUUCUCUACAGAGGGCCAGUGUAGCAGGUGAGAAGCUUUGCAUUGCUUUCCCGAACGAUCAAAAUGAGACAUACAAUAGUUGGGGGAUACCUUGUAAACCCAGAAGUAUUUUCGCAAAGAUUUCGUUUGCCGGGCCACCCAACUCCCUCCUCUUCACCCUGCAAUGCUGCUGUGAUAGCCCAGCAGCAAGUGAACAGUUCUCAGAAGUCUGUCGUCACGUUGUAGUUUGCAGCGCCACCUGUUUGUGGCCACACAAACUACUGCAUCAUAUUCAGUGCAAAUACUGUACAUAAAAGACACUUUGCUGUGGAAUUCUGUGGAAGUGGGAAGUGCCUGUUGCAUUUGCUUAUGCAAUUGGAUAUCGCUCCUCAUAUUUGUUUUCUACAUUCCUUUCUUUCCUGUGUUCAUUUAUAAAGGCCCUACCAUAUCACAGGUUAAAUUGAUCUUAAUUUGUUUAGUAUGAUCAGGAUAUGUGAAGGUAGGAAUUAACAGCAUGGUGAAAGCGUUGGUCUUUGAACUGGGAUGGAGGGCAUCAUUUGGAAUCCAUCUCAGGCAGCAAAAUGUCUUGGGCUAAUGCUGAUUUAAAGUAAUUUAAACAGUCCAAAAGUUACAUUUGAAUUACAGAUUUAUAAGGGAUAAAUUUAUAAGGGGUUUCAGUAUCCAUUAAAAAAAAGCUGUAGCACAACAGCAUGAGGCAAUAGUGAUUUUGAAGAGGAAAAGGAAAAGGAAUGUUGGCAGAUGUAUUGCUUUGCAUUGCACAUGAAUCAUAAGUAUCAUACAUUUGAGCAGAAAAGCAAGAUACUCUUAUGCCUUUAAUUGUGCGGUGUACAUUGCUUACAGAUUUUGUAGUCUGGUUAAAGAGAUCUUAACAGAUGUUGUAGGAAGUACUCUGGAACUGGAAGGAGAAAGUGAUGGAGACACAUUGGAAGUAAGUAAUGUUGACCGGGGAGAAACAGAAAUCUUUGUUUGGAUGGGAGACGAACUUGCUUUCCAUAUUCCUAUUCUAAUUAAUUUAAUUUAUUAAUACCUUAAGAAAUAAUACCUACCUUUUUAUAAAGUAGGAACAGCACAACUAAAACUUUGCAGCUAAAACAUUGUUCAAUAGGGCAGUAAGAAGCUUUCCACAUUUACCAUUUAUAGUGGUAUAGUUGCUGGCUCUUUCGGAUUUUUUGGCAUGCCACCGCACAAUGUCAUCAUUAUUCAGCUAGUAUUCCAGAGUAACAUACUCAGAAACCUGCUUCUUCUUCUUCUACUGCAAACCCCCACCCCCCGAGUUUUGGGAAAGAGCCAGAUGGGUACUCAAUACUUUCAUUUGUGUGGCAUGUGUGGAAGCAUCGUCCUAGUUUCUGCAUGGAAGGGAUGAAGAUUGGUUGGUUCUAUUUUGCACCGCUUCCCUCCCAUCAGCGCAAGCUGUCAGUUUGCGAGCUCAGUUCAGGCAAGAGAUAUGGCAGGUAGAGACAAUGGUCCUGAGUUGAAGUACUGCCUGUGACAGCAAUCGUUAGCUGCAGACAAAAUAACCAGGUUUGCCCUCGCUCAGGCAGGCAAGUAGUCGGUUUUCUAAUCUACUGUACUCCCACAAGGUUAGAAUUCUGGAAUACUAGGCAUUAAAUAGAAACAAUAACAUGCUGAAGUGCUGACUGCAUGCACAUGCUCAUAACUGCCAACAUUUAUUGGUUGGAAGAACACAAGGGCACAUAAAGGAUCUGCCUAACAUUACAGAACUUUUAUCAAUCUGGGCACAAUCUACCAUUAGUGUAAACCCUGCGCUCACACACUGUCUAAUAACAGCAACGUGUGACCAAAGAUGUGGACAGUCAGCUACAAAUUCACUCCUAAAAAUGUCGGAUGCACAGCAACUGUGCCAGUAUGAAUGGUAAGUAUGGAAAGGUCAUAAGACACUGACUUUCUCGAUGUUUUAUCAUGCAUGAGGCCCUAGGAGAAAGCCUGGCCAGCAAGGGCCCUCUUAAGCAUAUCCGGCGCUGUGGUGCAAAGAUCCCUCUGGUGCCCCCCGAGUUGUUCACCUUUUUUUAAGGGGGGGAAGGACCCCAAAGUUGUUGACCUUUUAGUUCCCCAGAGUUAUUGACCUUUUUUUUAGGGAGCUGACACCACGCUUACACAUUAUCUCUAACAAGCCCAUAGAACAAAAUAAAACGAAAAGGCAGAAGAAAAACUAAUGAAGUCCUCAAUUCCAAAGCAAGACUCAUUCAAGACUCAGCAGUUCUUCUAAUUCAUCCUCAUGAUUCAAAUCACCACAUAUCAAAAAGUUAAAGCAAUCACCAGUUUGUUGUUCUUUAAAUAAAUUAAUAAAGACACACACAAUUAAGUUCCCAGCCAAUUUGUGUUUAAGUACAAAGCUGACGUUUUUAAAUAUUGUGGGGGGUGGGGUGAGGGUGGGGGUGGGUGUAAAGCAGUGACAUCCUGAACCUAAAAAGGACCCAAAACGUGGGUCACAAAGGCUGCAGCCCUAACUGCACUUACCUGAGAGUAAGCCCUGCUGAAUCUAAUAGGACCUUACUUCUGAGUAGACAGUAGGACUGCAGCAAGAAACACAGUUGGGAAUUAGCGCUUUCUCAUUUAAGUCUCAACCAGAGGAAAAUGUAAUAUUGGAGAUUAGGGAGAAAGGAAUAUGAAUAGAUUGGGGGAAGGCCGCUGAUGAGAGACCGAAAACCACAGGUAGCAAGACAAGGCUUUCUGGGGAGCAAGGCUGACACACAGUUGCUUGGGGUGAAGACUGGAGAGGGACCAGUUGUGUGUGUGUGUUUUUCAGAAAAACGUAGAAUUGGAAGGGACCCUGCGGGUCAUCUAGCCCAACCCCCUGCAAGGCUUUUUAGCUUGCAUUGAUCUUAGUUGGAUAGGCAAUUAACAGGCUUGUUUCACAAAUAAGGGAGAAGGAGUGUUGCUGGCUUGGUUUGGUUUGCCUUUGUUCUAGUUUUUAGCAUGUGCUUAGGACCGUAGUUUCAGGCUGUGAGCUGCCCUGAUAUCUACGGGUGGAGGGCAGUAGUAGUAGUAGUAGUAGUAGUAAUGCUAGUAAUAAUAAUAGUGAUAUUUUUCGCAGGGCUUAGCGUGAGUGGGUGAUGGCCAGCUGCUGGAAUGAAUGGGGUCGGUGCUAAAUGGUCUGGCUUGCUUUACAACCCCUAGGGACCUUGUUGGUGGGGGGGGGGCAGAGAAGGAGCCCACCCCCCAAGAAGAAGAAGAAGAAGAAAAGCGAAGGCAGGAGGCUUCCCUUUCCCAGGAUAGAGUUGCCUGUAACAUUAAACACAGGGCAUGAUUCUGGGGGGGAGAGAGAAACCAGGGCAGCAGCUGCUGCUACUCAUGGCUCAGGCUAGAUGUAGCUGAACAGGAUGGGCAGGGGGACCCUGCAAGCAGGGCUGCAAACCCAGCGUGGAGGCUCCCCGGCCAGCUAGAGGAGGAAAAAAAGGGGCAAGUCGGGGGGCACCUCUCUUCUUCCUUCCUUCCUUCCUUCCUCCUCCUCCUCCUCCUCCUUGCACUCUGCUUCCCCCUCUCCAUCGCCCACCUCCCUCUUCCCACAGGGCAGGCGGGCGAGAGAGAGCGAGAGAGCUGCACGCCAGCCAGCCAUAUAGUUGGCGGGCGCAACUUCCAUCCUAAGCCGCUCCAGGGAUUGCUCUCCUCCUGCGGAGACUUGGGAGGCAAGCUGCACACCCGCCAGCCAUAUGGUUGGUGAGGCGCAGUUGGCGGGUGCAGGGAAAGGGGAGGCCGCUGGCAAAGCCAUGCAGCUCCCCCACUUGCUGGGGCGCCCCUAAGAGGCCGGCGCCCUGGCGCAAUGGACCACUAACCCCUAUGGGAAAGACGGCUCUGUGGCCAACUGUCCUUUUCUGACUCUGAAAAUGUCCUGUCAACUAUCAAGGAAGUGGUGACAGCUGAGGGUCACAUCUCAGGAGCUCUUUGCAUGACCCUUUUGAGCAUGGCAGCCACUUAAGCUGAUGGCAGUCUGCCACAACUGUAGCAGGCAGAAGCAGUCAUGUGAUAGGUGAGAGUUUAUCAGAAUUCUGUGCUCACAGAGUUUUAGCAUGCCCCUGCAAAUGUUUUUUAAAUGAUGUAAAUAUGGCACGGAAGUGUAUACUACAAUUGUAUAAAUUAAGCAAAUGUGGAAAAUUCAGGAAGAGAGCAUCAUGUGAAAACAUUUUUAUUUAUGGAUAAGUGAAACUCAGGAAAUAAACUGUAGGUUUUUGUAGAGAAUGUUUUCUUGUUUGCGUGGCCCAAGCCUAUUCAUCCACCUUUUGUUUAAAAAACACCUGCAUAAUGCGACCUUUUUGGAUGCUAUUAAGCCUAUUAUCUGAAUAAUAAUCCCCUUUUCCAAGUAUGUAGUAUUAAGAAUCCAAUAUCUAAGCAUCAGAUAAAGGAGGAAAUAUCUUUCCUCUAUAAUAAUGUUUGAUAUACUUGAUAUUUUUACAUAUUAUGUGUUUAUUAUUGCUACUCAGAUCUCUUGUUUGUCUGAGCAGGGUAAAAUAUUUUGAAAGAAACAUGUUGGAGUUUUGUGGAAUGGAGCUUGAAAUGUAUUGAAAAUCACAUUAUUAACAUAGUUUGAGAGUUACACACUUAAAACUUUUCAUCCAAAAAGUAUGGCAGUUAUAGGAAUCUCUGAUUUUCGCAAUUGCUUACUGGAAUUAAGGAUUAGAAAAGUACUUUUCCCCACUGCUUGUUUGUACAAUUACGAUUUUCAUACAUGACAAUGGAUAAUUGUGUACUGAACUAAUAGCAUUUAAUUAUUCUAUCCCCACAGUCCAUUUGACAAUGCAUUGGUACCUGAGAAAAGACAGAAACACCCUUAUGUGGGAGCUUUGUCAUGAAUGAUAUGACAGAUUAAUUUGAAAACAGUGUAGGGCACUAAAUUCAUAAAUAGCAACGAGAGGGGACACGUUAGUGGUAGCGUUGUCAGCUUUCCAUGUAUAAUGUCCCAAAUCCAGUCCUUGUAAAUUCUAGUUACAAAGGGAUCAAAAGUUGCAUUACAAGUGAGGCAUAUUUCGCAACUCUACAGUAGUUAAUUGUUUUCCAUGUAAGUCUAGUGGAUAAAGUAAGGAAGAAGAAGAUUGUCACAGAGAUACAUAAGUUCAACCAGACAUGCCAUGAAACUUUGUUCCCAUUAUUCCCACAUUAUGAGUGGGUUGGGUUUGUUUGUUUUUAAUGUUUAUUAACCCGCAACUUGCAUGCUCAAGGGGAUAACAUACAUUUAUUUGAAAGGUUCAAAAAACAACAACAAAAGCAUAAAGUUUGAAAUGCUUCAGUGCUUUGGAUCAAGUAUUACUUGAGAGUUGAGUAAUAUAGGAUGCUUCUAGGUAGCAUUCCAAUAUAUCUGCAGCCUAAAAGGAGACAUUAGUUAGCAAAUAUCAGCGAAGACAAGGCUAUGUUUUGGGUUUCUCUGGACCAAGUGAGACUUAGCUGGUAUAUCUGCAUGUCUGUACUUUAGAGGCAGAUGUCAAUGAAAAUCCGCUGAUUUGAACAGCUCUUUGACAUCAUUGUGCACAUCAUUUAGAAAAUUCUCCUUCUUUGUUCAAAACUAACAUUUGUAUUCAAGGGCAUGCAAUUCUUAUUUCCUUCUGCCUCCCUCCCGCUCCUCAAUUUGAAUUUGCUUUAAAAUGAAGUCAUUAGAAUAGAUUGUGGAAUUGCCCAUUGCACUGAAAUGUUUAUCUUCAGAUAUUUUGUGGAUGCAAAGCCUGUGUUCCUAUUCAUGCUUAUCUAAGAGUAAGCCACAGUGAACACAGUAGGACUUAUUCUGGGUAAACAACUGCUCUGCCAGAAAUGUGCUAUCAGUGAUAUUCAGGCUAACGUUUUGUAAAUCUGGUUGCUGUCCUCAAGCUACCGCUAUCAGUUGAAUACUGUUUCAUAGCUGUGAAAUAUGGGUGUGCUAAAAAAAACAUUAACAGGUUCUGGUUGUGUCAUUUUGGGUAAUAGCACAUAUCACAUAACAGCACAGGACGAUGAACUGUGAACUGCUGAGGCAUGAAAAAUGAAACGGUUUGAAAGGUUGAACUAAGUUAGUGGGCAGGUCAUGUUAGGGUGUACAAAUACCUCCCUGGAGGACUCUGUGUGGAAACAGGGAGCUUGGCAAUCACUUUCAAAAUGAACCGUGGAAGAAUUUCAAGGACUUAACUGACAGAAGAUUUGUACAUACUUGCAGGAGUCUGGUUUACAGUACUUGCCCACCUGCCCCCAUUUACAUUAUCUUCCAUUUUACACUGUUUGUUCCCAUUAUGUAUUCUGCACUCAGAUUUAAAAAGACACAUCCCUUUAUUAAAUAAUCUUUUACUUGUGAGGUAUUCCUCUUAUGUCACACAUUCUUAUUAUGGGCAGCUGCUUAUAUAAUGUUUAAAGAAUUGGUUUUUUUAAAAAAAAACAGUGCCUGUUAAUUAGAACAUUGCAGUUCUUCUAUAAGACAAAAGUAGUUUUUGUAGGUUCAUCUCGCACCACAGUCGCCUGCAAACAUUAUAAGAAACACUUGCUCUUUAAUUUCUACUAGAGCUGUUGAUCUUAAGUCAUACGUUAAAAUCUGUUUGGUGGUUUUGAUGUUGUGUUUUUUGUGUGUCUGAGAGCUGAAUUCUGUUUCUUUCUGCUUUCAGUAUGAAUAUGACUAUGAUGAGAAUGGAGACAGAGUAGUGUUAGGCAAAGGAACCUACGGGAUAGUUUAUGCUGGAAGAGAUCUUAGCAAUCAGGUUCGAAUAGCCAUCAAGGAAAUACCAGAGAGAGACAGCAGGUGAGUCUUGAUAUUUUAUUCUUACAGACUAAAUAUGAGGGGGGAGGGGUAAUUCAUUUCAGUCCUGAGGAGGAGUAACCUUUUAAAGUUCAGACAUAAGUAUGAAGUGUGCUUUGCCUAAUUUGGUCUUACAUCAUUCAUUAUUCAAUAUAUAAGUCAUUCACAGACAGAGAAGCAAAGAAGCAACUGCAACUGUCCCAACCCACUGUUGUUACUACUGCUUUACGCUAUGGUAUAUGUUGGGGGUGUUAGGGGAGGCGUAGUAGUUCUGCUGGGGGACACGUGCUGCUUCUGCAGUUGUUUAUCCACCUUUGGCCCCACCCUGCUCUCAGCUCUCACCGGAGGCUCCUAGAAGCGGUCUGUAUGCGACAGUGGCCACACCCCAGGAAUGGCCGGCUAAACCAGGUGAACAGUAGCCAAUGGGUCUCAAACCCUUGGUGAGUUAGGGAUUUCCCCUGCAUGUGAAGACAGGCUGUGGUUGAUUGAGCCGACAAGACCAAUAGCGGUCAAGAAGGCAGUUUCUGCGUGUGCUGUAGAGGGAAGUGAGGGGCCAAUGGGGCUUGUCAACCUGGGAAGGUAGCCCAUUUAGGAGAAGGAUAUCUCUGAUCCUAAAUCUCCGCUGCCUUGUGGGAUAUUUUGGGGCAAAGAAAAGGCCAAGGAGUAAACCCUACCCAAUUCCGGAGUGGAGUCCCCAGGACUGUUGGAUGGUGCCUUGUACUCCUCCUUGCAGCAAUUCCUGCAGCCCAGCUGGUGCCAGAUGUAUUGCUCUGCCUUCCUUUGGAUCACAUCAGCAAGGCUGAGGGGCACGUGUCUAAUUGUCUAGGCAUCCCAGGACCUCCAUUACACACUGCUCAGACUUGUGCCCUGGGGAGGUCACUUCAGUGCUGCAAAUGCAGAGGUUUGACUUCACCCCCGGAGGUACACCUUAUUGUCUCUCAAGACAGUAGAUGCAACAAUGCGGCUGUAGCUUUCUGCCUACCAGCUCUGGCUGAGGAUAUAUUUUCACUGCAUGGUAUAUGUUUGUUGAGGUGAUUUUGACCAUAUUGGGGCUUUUUAAUUAUCUUACAUUGUUAUUCCAUCCUUUCUGUGGACCUCCGACCUACCAAUUUAUAAGUUCAAUCUUUAUGUGGGUGGCAUGGAAAUUUUAGGUUAGUAUGUUUUCUUCUGAUUUUUAGUUGUUCUUCAUUGACAGAUAUUCUCAGCCACUGCAUGAAGAAAUAGCCCUCCACAAGUAUUUGAAGCACCGAAAUAUUGUCCAGUAUCUUGGUUCUGUUUCUGAAGAUGGAUAUAUUAAAAUCUUCAUGGAACAGGUGCCUGGAGGUUUGUAUCUUACCGUUUUCGCCUCAUAUGACACCUUCCUAUGAUCUGGUUCACACGCCAUGCUAAGCCAGACCUUGGCUUUAGAAUACACCAAACCAAACCUUAGCUAAGCUUGGAGUGGCAGCAGAAAGGAUCAAGGAGGAGUAAAAUGGCUGUGAGCUCUUCUCCAGCAGCUCACACAUUCACAUGAACCCAAGGUUUAGAAUAAAAGAACUGUAGAGUUAGAAAGGACCACAAUGGAAAACUAGUCUAACCCCCUGCAAUGCAUGAAUAUUUUGCCCAAUGUGGGCUCAAACCCACAACCCUGACAUGAAGAGACUCAUGCUCUAUUGACUGAGCCAUCCCUGUAAUAUGCGAACCCAUAAAUCAGAGUAAAACAUAACAUACAGAAUAGAAUGAUUCAUAUCUCAAACCUCUGUAGAAUAUUUUAGACUGUCUAUAAUUAAAUCAGCAUGAACCCAAUCCAUACACAUAUUGCUUCCUGAAUCAAGGCUGUAUAUUCAAAUUCUGGUGCAAUUUAGUCUCACAUAAAUAGCAUUUUUACGUUGACUGUAAUUAGUUACAAACAGAGGCGUCACACUGAUUCCUGGAGAGAACUGUUAGUUUCAGAAACUCUUCUCUCUUUUCUUUCUAUCAUAAUUAUUUAUAAAGCACCAAAAACCAUUCAGCAUUCUACCAAUUUUUUAAAAAAUAGCACUUAAGGGAGAGAGAAAGGAAGAAUAAAGGAGACGCUGAAGUGAACAGAUUCAUCUUUAAGGACACUCCUGAAUGUAACAGAAGAGACCUGGCUGUCUCAGGUGGGAGGGCAUUCCAGUGGGAGGGGGAAAGAUACAGGUGAAAUGAGAGAGGAUUGUAUUCUUAACCAGCAUACAGAGAAAGAAAAAAAGAUAAGGUCACAUCAGAUGCUUGGGAACAUACAGCAUUCUAAUAAGGCCCACCUAAUUGGAUAGUUUCUCACUGCAGUGGGGAGAGGUUAUUUAUUUUACUUAUUUACAGUACAGCUUUUCAGGAAAAGCUGGAAGUGGUUUACAUGAGAUUAUUAUAACAAUAAGCGCUUAUUUUUAUUUUUAAAAAGCUAUAAAGGGAGGGAAGAAACUGCUUGUUUGUUUUACUGCUGCUUCUCACUCCCCUCAGUGCAAGAUGAUCCUUUGGGAGUUCCUUUGGUAGAGAUAUGCACAAAUGGAAAAAGAUGAUGUGUUAAGAAUUUUGACUGGAAGGCUUUGAGUCUCAGCUCAAACGGAACAUAUACUGAAAAACAUUUUUGAGGGGUUUUAUCAAGGAUUCUGUUUUUUGCCCUGUUUACCUGAACUUGGCUUCUGCAAAUCCUUGUGGUUGCUUCCCAUAUUCAUAUUCCUGAUGUAAGAAUGAAUGAGUUUUACAGUGUUUACGAGGUGUCUUUUUUUUGGAACAUGGACCCAGGGGAAAGCUCAUAGCUUAUACUUUGCAUGCAUAGGUUUGAGCCCUGUCAUCUCAAUACAGGGUAGGGAAAGGCUUUGCCUAGAGAGCUGCUACUAGUCAGUGUUGAGAAUUCUGAGCUAGAGGGAACAGUGGUCUAACCCUGUAUAAGGCAGGUUCCUUUGUUCCCAAGCAAAGGUUUCAGUAAAUUUCCUGCAGUCUUAGAGGGCCUGCUAGAAUGGAUCCCUUAACAGACUGACAGAGCUGAUGCUAAAACAUUCAGGCCCACUUCAUAUGCGAUGGUAAGCCAUAGUUAGUUUACCCAUGAACCUUGCGAUCACUUGUGAUUCACUGCUCCCCUGGUGUGAAUAACAAUCUCUGGCUUAGCAUUUUCACUCAAACAAACCACAAUUGGGAAGCCAAGAACAAGCUUUGACUUCAUGGUUUGUGUCAAGUGAAGCAAACCAUGACCUCCAGUUCAGCUAAGCCAGGGGUUGUGGCUUGUUGAUUCCACUCUUUGCUAGCGGAAGAGGGAAACAGGACCCCACCUGUUCAUUCAUGGUAAAUCAUUAACUGUGGUUUACUGUGACUUCAAACCUAGCCUCAGAAUGCUGACAGAUUUGAGAUUACUCGGUCUCUAGUUUCUAGAAUUAUCUCAUUAGAUAUAUGCCAUACGCUGUGUAAGUGCACAGUAUUUGCUCUUUUAGGUCUGUGUAUAAUGGGGCAUAUGAGUUUGGCUCAGAGUUAACAAAGUGUGUGACUCAAUUCUCUGCAUGUUUACUCUGCAGCUAGUCACAUAUUGUCCAAUACAGGAAGUGUGCGUGUUCAAUCCCAGGUAACUCUGCAUGGGAUUUUACUUAUGUACUGUACUGAUGAUUCAAUGAUUACAGGCCUUGAUACCCUGGACAGAAUCAUUUUUUAUCCUGUAUUUUCUGCCUAAACCCAGGAAGUCUUUCUGCAUUACUAAGAUCAAAAUGGGGACCAAUGAAAGAACCCACAAUUAAGUUUUACACCAAGCAAAUCCUAGAGGGCCUGAAGUAUCUCCAUGAGAACCAGAUUGUCCACAGAGACAUAAAAGUGAGCAUAUGCAUGCUUCCUUAUAUUUUUAAUUGUAUGUUACAGAAAUGCAGGGUUUAAGAUCCCACUAGUUGAUCUUUUAGAAAGGCUUCAUAAAAUCCCCGAUAACCAAAGUUUCUGGUAAUUUGUUUACUCUUUGUUUAUUUAAGGGAGACAAUGUUUUAGUGAACACAUACAGUGGAGUAGUAAAGAUUUCUGAUUUUGGGACCUCCAAGCGCCUUGCAGGAGUGAAUCCAUGUACAGAGACAUUUACAGGUAAGAACAGAAACAACUGUGGUUAGAAUUAGGCUAUACUCAGAUGGCAUUUUAUUCUACCUUCACGACCUUAUACGUGUGUUCAUUUCGCUUUUUAUGUGAGCUCUCACACAAUGUAAAAGUCACUUCUGGAAAUCUAAUGGAACUUCCGUGCUGCUUACCAUGUCAGUUAUUUCCAGAAAAAAAUAAUCCAUUUGCAACCCCACUAACUCGGAAAAUUGAGUUAUUGGCAAAAUUGGGGGGCCGUAUCCUGGCAUGUAUUUCUUUUCCGCCAUUUAAAAUUUUGCAUGACAAAAAUAUGUCUUGCUCAAAAAGCCACAGGUACAUAACAUAAAAAGGUGUUGGUGUAAAAGGAAAGUUAGAAAUCGGAACAGAAGCACUAGCACUAUAACUGGUAAAACUAACAGUAUGAAAUCCACGUCUGAAUGCAGCUUUUGUGCUCAUAGUUAGAAGCUGCUUCCCUGCCUCCACCCAGUUCUGUUGUGAAGAUUUGCCUGCACAGUAACAGUAAAUACAAUAGUUAAAUGUUAUAAAACCUUAAUUAGCUGAUAUAGAUAGUACAAAGUGCAUAGCCCACAGGAACUAUCUGAGGUAAUGCUUGCCCAGAUUAUCAUGUUGUCUGUGCAGUCUGCCAGUGCUGCAAACAAGAUUGCAGAGACAGAUUGCUUUGGGGGAGUUCAAAUGGGAUUGCACAUCAGCUCGCUUUGGUCUUCCUGUAGGUUCGAAGCCUUUCUGGUUUUUGUAAAACCACAUUAGAUUUUCUGAUUUUGUGGCAUCUCCUGCUGUAAGUACUCAGAGUUCCUCCAGGAGAUUUGUCAUGAUUUACACUGGUGAAGUUAUCAGGGUGAUUAUAUACAAUCAGCACUUUUCAGCACCAUUUGUGCCCGUAAAUGAUGUGUGGAUAGGCUAGCAUAAAUUCCUCACUAAUGUGCUAUUACUGUGUCAGUGACAUGUUGCAGCAGCAAAACACCACCAGUCUAAAGGGGCCUUCAGUCUCUCAGUUUUACCCUAACCAUAUUUUGGACUUGUUUUCAAGCAAGUGUGCUUAGGAUUGCAUCAUUUAUCCAGUACAAAACAAGAACACUUCUCGCUUUGUUUUCCACUGAAUUGUUUUCAUCUUACAAUAAAGAAAAAUGAAUGCACAACACUAAAACAUUACGUUAUCAAUUUUUUCCUUCCCUUUUUCUUCUUUAAUAAGGCUGCUUUCUUAUAUGCACUAUAAGAGGAUAAAAAUUACGUUCUUUGCUCUACCAACUACCAGCAUGUGAGUGUCGCCCUCAGUCUAAAAAAGGUUCCCCACCCCUUUUAGAUAUUACUUAUCAUUUCCAUGAAUCUUUAUCACUGAUGAGGAGCAUGAUCGAACAACCCUCAUGUCCAAACAUGCAGUUGCAAAGAUGCAGUUUAUUUGAGCAAGAUAAGAUGGCAAUGCCUAUUGCUUUUGCUUUACUUGUAAUUAUAUAUGACUAUUACUUGUUACAUUAAUUAAGAUUAUUCUGUAUUCAAGUCUUUUGGGUGAUGGGUAUUGUUUGCAUAGUGAGUAUAUAUGUACAGAAUCUUCCUUAUGUAAGUAGAAUGUAUUGUACUUGGAAAGUUCAGUAAUAAGUCUUUCUUGGUUACAGAUUUCAGAUCAAUGUUUUCUUUGUCUGUUGCUUAUAUACAAAAAUAAAUCAGCAAAGCUGUGAUUACCAAGAAAGCCCUUGAAGAGAGCAACUUGGUCCAAACCAAUGCAUUUAGUGCCUGAAUUUUAAUGUGUAGAUGGGGAAAUCAAAUCAAAUAUGUUUUUGGAGAGGCAGAGAGAAUGCUUCAUUCAUCCCCAAAAGUGAUAAUCUAGCAAAGAACAGCUGUAAAUAGUAUAAGCAACUUAUUCUUUAAUAAUGAAUAACUUUCCAAAAUGUAAUUUCUGCCUACAAUUAUCCAUCCCAAUAACAUUUCUCAAACUUUCCAUUAUUUAUUACACACACACACACACACACACACACACACUGCUUGACUGCGAAAAAGCUCAAAGCAGUUUACAAAAGAUAAAAAGUAAAAUUAAGAAAAAUUCACAACUAUACUUAAAAACAUACAAAAGUUAAAAUACUAAAACAGAUUAAAAUUACCACAACAUACAAGAAGGAUUUUAGCUUGUUCUUAAUCUUCAGUUUCACCUUUGCAUUCAAGAGUUCUCCUUUCUGCUUUUCUGAGAAUACAAAAUGCUGAAGUAGCUUUACUGAAGGUGUGCUUCUGGUCAGGAAUGUCUGUGGGUUAUCUUUGACAGCUCCAUAUUACACAUGAUAUAAUACAGGAUAUGCAUAUAAUAAAUAUUCUAAGGCUGCAGUUUGUAUCUAAGCCCAGUUGAGCCCAGAGGGUCUUCUGAGUAGAUGCUGCAUAUGGUUGUGUUGUAAAAAGUUAUUCAUUAAUUUAAGGGGAACAAUUUACAUAACUUUGUUAGUGAUACUGCAAAAACUAGUACAGGGGAAUCCCAGCUUAUGUGGGGGUUCCAUUCCAGAUUGCCGCGCAUGACAGCUGGAUCUCCCUUGUGGCUCCAAAAACGAUGUGUGCGUGUGCAGUUUCGUUCAACUCAAAUGCACACAAACAGGGAGUUGCAUGUACUCUACGUUAUCCUGUGAACCAUCCAGCAAACGGUUGUAACCUUUCUACUGUUUAUGUAAUCAAACCUUUGCUUGUGCAAAAAUUUGGAAAAUGUGAUCUUAAGACAUUAUUUUCAUACUGGACUCAAUGGAUUGUCUUCCAUUUAAAAUAUAUUGCAUAAGCCAAGGCAGUCAUGUAGAAAAUUUGUGACGGAAUGCAGUGUAACAGCUGAGAGUUGUUGGCACUGGUACUUAAUCCAUCUGUUAAGUCCAUCUGUAUGGGAAAUGUCAUUUUUGCAAAGUACCUAAGGAAGUGUGGUACUUUGCAAAGAAGUAUAGUCAGCCGCACCAACAGGUUAAAGAAGUAUAGUCAGCCGCACAAACAGGUUAAAGAACAGUUUUUAUCCAUUGGGCUGCUGAAUGGGAAAAGAAAUAGUGGUGUAAUUGACUUCCGACAAGCACACAGAGCGCAAACAAGACUGAGUGUAUGGGGGGGCUCGUUUAAUCUCACUGCACACAGGUAGUGUAGUGACAAUAAAGGUUGAUUAUUAAUAUUAAGUGUGAUCUGUUCAGGGAUUUUUAAAAUAAUAAUAAUAAUACUUGUACCUAUUCUUUUUUAUGACUUUAGGCACUUUGCAGUACAUGGCACCAGAGAUUAUUGAUAAGGGACCUCGAGGAUAUGGUGCACCAGCUGAUAUCUGGUCUUUGGGCUGCACUACCAUUGAAAUGGCGACAGGGAAGCCUCCCUUUCAUGAACUGGGUGAACCACAGGCAGCUAUGUUCAAAGUAAGUGUUGUAUGUACUAACCCACCUCCCGCCCCUCCACAUAUCACCAUACUGCUAGAAUACUUCCUGACAUGGAUUAUUUAGCAGCAUCUAUUAAUUUAUGUGGAAGAGCAGAUCUGAGACAACUUGCAUGCAAAGGAUGCUGGGAGCUACAGCUGCUUCACAACCAGCCAAGUUAGAACUAGAGGGAAUAUGUGUGUUUUGUUGCUCUUCUAAAAGUCCCUCAAGGAGAGAUAGUUGUAUGCCUCAGCAAGGAAAUCAUUCCACAGGCUCCUACCAUGUCCCACAAACAAAGGUUUGUGUCUGAGUGCCCCCUUUUUUUUUGUUUGGAGCUUUCGUCGCGAAAGGCCAAAGUGACAUUUGCUCCGAUUCAGCUGUAAAGAGCAGGUUUCUGUGGGGGAAGUUCGGGGCAAAAAAUACACACUCAGGCACAGAGCAUUAACGUGUGUGCACCUCUGCCUGCAAAGAUGAGGCAAAAGGUACGUGUGGAUGAGCCCUAGCAUGAAUCAGCUUUAAAGUAAUUCACCUUGCUGAAGUGAUGCAGAGGGUCCUUUCUACUUGCAGGUUGGAAUGUUCAAAAUUCACCCUGAAAUUCCUGAAUCACUAUCUGCUGAGGCAAGAGCUUUUAUUUUGCUCUGCUUUGAACCUGAUCCAAAUAAACGAGUAACAGCAUCGGACUUACUUAAGGACCCAUUCUUGAAACAGUUGAACAAGGGCAAGAAAAACAGAAUUGCAUUCAAGCCUUCAGGUAAGGAAUUAUCAGUCAAAAUAUUUGUAUGUAAAGAGAUAUUAACCAUCAUCCAUCUCUUUUAAUCUUGGGUUCUGAACAUACCUGGAAAUCAGUUGGAUGUGCCAAGCAAUCAACAAGCUAUGAAAAGAAUAUUUAUGGGGCAGGUUCAUCCUAGUGUUAAUAUAACAAACUUGGUGAAAUAAAUAACAAACUUGGUGAAAUUAGAGCACUAUAUUUUAAUAAAGGAUGAAGAAAUUCAGGGCUGGGUUUCUUCUCUCUCCAAAAUGACAUUUUUUAAAACUGGAAAAUCCUUUUUGGAGAAAUUUUAAUGAAGCCUAUUUUCAGUAGACAUGCACCCAGCAGUUUAAGGUGUGUAAGGCAUCUCAAGUUGUAAACCGAAAAGGAGGGCAAAUAAAUUAUACAACUAGUAACCCUUAACAAGGGCUGAUUUGGCUUCACAAAGAGAGUAAUGUUACACAAAUUUCAGUUGUGGAUGAGCUGUAAAAGCAAGAUUCUGUCACCUGAUCAGCUAGUAGCCUCUUGGAUCUCAAGUAAUUCUUUCAGUGCUUGGAGAUCACUCAGAACAAGGUCCCUUCCACCCCAAUUCCUAGAUGAACUACACUAGAAAGGUAAAAAAACCACUGCUAGUGUUUGUUUGAGAAGGGUUUUCCAUCAAUCAUCACAAUUUAUUUCUGCAGCUUGCAGACACCCACCUUUUUUCACAUCCGGUAGUAUCAUUUCACACCUUGUCAAUUUUAAAAACUGCAUUUCAAUUAUACUGCAUUUGUUUCAUUUGCUUAAAAGAUAGGUGGACCUGUUUAUUCAUUCCCCUUUUCUUCUUGUGCUCCAGAUUAUAACCGCAGCACCUCACUCCCGUUGCCAGUCCAGGGGGAGCAGGCUGGCAGCAGCAGCAGUGAACACGGCUCAGUCUCACCGGACUCUGAUAUGCCACAUGACAUGCUAUUUGAUAAGGCAAAGCGCUCCGUGUCAGAGGUUCAGACAAAGAGCCCUAUCUCCCAUUUACUAAGGUAAAACCUGACCUAUGCAAAAUGGCAUGUUAGAUUCACAGAGGGUGCCAGCUGUCCUUACAGUUUAGGUGGGAUGAUGUGCUCAAAGCUAAUUCUGUUACAAGAUCUAUAGUAAAAUGUAAAGUAUUGAAUGGGGUUUGUUUAGGCCCCUGCAAGUAAAACUCAUUAUAAGAGUCUAAUCAGAAAAAGAGACCCUGACAAAAAAGUGCAGCAAUUGCAGCAUCUUCAAAUGAAUGCAGUCCACAUUAUGAUCAAUCUGUCUUCUUACUGUAGAUGUUGAAUUAGUGUCUUGUUUCAUAGAAAGCUGUGUUCUCAGCUACUAUAAAACUUGGGAUUUGGUGGGCAUCUUUGUAGCACACAAGAUAAAAGCCAUUCAUUUUAAGUAAUCGGAAAGUUGCUUUAAAAACUGGGCUGUUUUCUUCUGGACUCCAACUUUGUCAUUUAUAGUUUCUUGUGAAUGCUGUCUCAUUCUGGCCCAGUGUUCCCGACGACAGCUCCAUUUCAGAUGAGCGAAGUGCUUCCCCUUCACUUGAGGAAAGGGAUUCUGGUCUUUUCUUGCUACGAAAGGACAGCGAACGACGUGCAAUUCUGUAUAAAAUCCUCAAGGAAGAGCAAAACAAAGUAGCUUCCAAUUUAAAAGAAUGCGUAGCACAGGUAAUACGACUAUUCACUUGUUUGGGAGAGGUAAAAAUUAUUGCUCUGCCACCUUUCCUACUCCAUGAUCUGGAGGGUGUCUGGGGUGAAGAGCCUGCUGUGCUCAUCAUGUACGGUUCUAAAUCACUAGGGGAACCUACAUGAGGAAAGCAGGAUCCCUGCUGUGGAUGGUCAGCCUCUGGCUUGGAUUACAAGCACAACCCUGGAUGAGACAGGGGCAAGUCUGUUCAUCCUAACUUCCUCUUCCACAAAAUUGUGUGGAGAUUACAAACAUGGAGAAGCAAAGAGGGGUCCAUCACAACCUUUAAGUAGUAAAAUGGAGCUUCUUAUUAUUUAACUGGUCAUCUAAAGUUUGUUGACCACCUUGUUUGCUGCCUUGACCUCUGCAGCCAAUGUUUGUUUUAGCCCCCCCACCCUUUCUCAUGGUAUUAGAGAUUGUAAUAUGAAUUUUUGCUUAAGGAUGAAUGGCAGAAAGCUGCUCUCUGAUAGGACAAAUUCAGUCCUGCAGUUUGAUUACAUCAGUGUUGAAUUUAGCUCAGGCUGUUUCCUCUCUCGUGAGCUAAUGUAAUCCAUGAAUCAAACUACUUGUGAUGUGCCUGACUGAAAGCUGCCCUCUGCUGCUCUUGCUGUGAAUUGGUAAAAAUGAGUCUUCCAGAAUAGUGACAGCAAGGUUGAAAACAUGCAUACAUACAUACAUUGGUGGAAUUUGCUGAUGUGCCUUUUUAAACAUUUUGCAUUUUCAUCUUUUUUUCAGAGUUCUGAAGAACUGCAUCUUUCAGUUGCUCAUAUCAAGCAGAUAAUUGGGAUUUUAAGAGAUUUCAUACGUUCUCCUGAACACAGAGUUAUGGCAUCAACUAUAUCCAAGUUGAAAAUUGAACUGGACUUUGACAGUACAUCCAUCAAUCAGAUUCAUCUAGUGUUGUUUGGAUUUCAGGAUGCAGUAUGUUCAUCCGAGUGUAAUAUCUGGGGAUGGGGGGAGGGACCCACUACCAAUAAUACCUUUUGCUGCUAUUUAAACUUAAAACCCUAAAUUAUACUAUUGGGAGGAGGGCAGAAGAGGACAAAGGAGUUGUAGAAUAUCAUAUGGAGCAGCUGACCAGAGAAGAUGCAUUUAUUCACUUCUGCUAAAUUGUAGAAAUGAGCUCCGCUUUUGCUUUCUAGGAAGCCUUUGGAAGAUAGCAUACAAUGCACAAUUCUGUGCAAAGAACUUGAAGCACAGUGUGAUACCUCAAGGGGUCUGCUCUGAUAGUCGAAUAUCUGUGCAUUGUUCAUGUACAACACAGUAUCUUAGGUGUUGCUUUGCAACAGCUUUCUUUGUGCCUACAUCACAGUGGAAACAAAGGCUGUAUCCCUUCAGGAUCAGAGGCAGCAUGGCUCUGAAUACCAGUCACUGGGCUACAGCUUCCCUCAUGCCCUGCUUGGGGGCUUCCCCUAGGCAUCUGGUUGGCCACUAUGAGAAACAGGAAACUGGCUUAGAUGGGCCUUUGGUCUGAUCCAGCAGGGCUGCUUUUAUGUUCCAAUAUGUGUUCUAGCUCUUAAUCCAAGUGGACUUGUCAUCCUACAUUUACCCAAACUUCUUGUUCUAAAUGACAAGCUUAUAGCUUAAGGCAAACUACUACCCUGUUUUAUUUGACACUUUUCUUAUAGGUUAACAAAGUACUAAGGAAUCACUUAAUCAGACCUCAUUGGAUGUUUGCUAUGGAUAAUAUAAUACGACGUGCUGUUCAAGCUGCUGUCACUAUUCUCAUUCCAGGUAUGAUGUGAGCAAAGCAAUAAUAAAUGUCUAACCUGUGGAAUGAGUGCCCCAGGGUGAGUACUGCUGGUGUGCUGGAACUGCAGUAGUACUUCGGUCUCUACUUGGCGAAAACUUGUAAAUGGCUGCUAGUUCUUUCAUAAAGCAAGUUCUGAUUUUUUUGAACACUGAAUUUUUUUGUUAAAUGUGCUUUACAGACCAACGUAUUUGUGAAUAUUAGUCUGGACAGAAACAUUCACUACAAAUCCUCACUAAUUGUUAUUUUGAAAGGUUGCCACACAUUAGCCCAUUAUUAGUUUGUCAUUUCUUAAAAUCAAGGAAUGCCCUAGGCACCUGUAUUUUCUGAAAUGGGACUAGGAAGGACAGCUGCAUUUUAUUUAAAAAGAUAUAUAUACUCAGGAAAAGCUUGCUGACUAGAUGAUAUUUAAGUGGCAGAUGUAAGAAAUGCUUGACCUCUGCAAUUCUCUUUUGCUCUGUGCAGAACUUCGAGCUCACUUUGAACCAGCAUCAGAGACUGAAGGAGUUGACAAAGAUGCAGAUGAAGUAGAUGAGGAUUACCAGCAAGCACAGCAAAAAAGACACGAAGAAACAGUUCUCACACCUGGAGUGUGCAUGCUCACGUCUUCUGUGACCCCUGAUACUCAGCAGCAGCUCAGCUUGCAGUUGGGCAAGCUUAAGCAAGAAACAAACAGGUUAACAGCUUUAAAGUGUGCUCAGGCUUAUUCAGCCAUUUUACUGAUCAUUGCUGGUGUUUAUAAAACGCCUUCAGGCAAUCAGACGAGCAUACAUUGGUUAUUGGCUAGAUUUUAAAAUGUAGCCAGUCUAGCUACUCUUGGUUUAUACAGGGUUAACUUGGCACUCACGUUAUUUCUUCUAGACUUCUAGAAAACCCAAUUGUAUAGUGCUGAGGGCUGCAUCAUGUCUUUUCCUCCCCCCCACCCCCUAGAGCAGCACUCCAUGUGCAGCGUCUCUAUUUCAGACUAAAUGUUACCUUUCCAUGUUACAAAUGUAAAUGUAAAAUGUGUCCUAAAUGUUCCAGGGUGCCUUUACAGGGAGAACUAUAACAUGUAUGUUUUGAGAGCAGCACUUACUUUAGCCAACACUGACGGAAAGUGUGUAUAAAAUUCCUUUCAUAGCCUGACCGUCUGUAUUGUGGUUUUCUAUCACUAUAGCAGCAGCAAGUAACACGCUGAUAGUGCUGGAAUAUUUAAUUAUGAAGCCUGGGGUUAAGUAGAAAUUCUAGGAACCAUUUCAGCACAGAAAUCUAAAUUGGAUAGCAUUUGAAAAUCAAGGCUACCAGGUAGCCAGUAAUUCAAAGAUAUGUAGGAUUUGUUUUGAGGUAAGCCAUACAAUGAGAGACACUUUUACAUGUGCUUUAGACAUACCAAGCUGCACUUCAACUAAAAUGUAAGUAUCAGAUUCACCAAAAUACUCGUGUUGCAGAACUAGGUUUUGUUGUCAUUAAAAGUGUACUACAGUGGUACCUCAGGUUAAGUACUUAAUUGGUUCCGGAGGUCUCUUCUUAACCUGAAACUGUUCUUAACCUGAAGCACCACUUUAAGCUAAUGGGGCCUCCUGCUGCUGCUGCGCUGCCACCACAUGAUUUUCUCAUACUGAAGCAAAGUUCUUAACCCAAGGUACUAUUUCUGGGUUAACGGAGUCUGUAACCUGAAGCGUAUGUAACCCAAGGUACCACUGAACUAUCAUGAAACAUUUUAAGGGGAAAAUGUUAUGUCAUACCCAAGUCUGACCCCCAUUUUAUUUAAUAGGUUACUGGAGAGCCUGGUACAGAGGGAGAGAGAAUACCAGACACUGCUAAGGCAAACACUGGAGCAAAGAAUUCAAGACUUGCAUCUCCUUCAGCUGCAGUUGAAAACUGCUGGUAGAUAUGAGAAUGUACAUUAAAUGUGUGUGGUCAGUUGAUAGGAAUGGCUUGAGCUUUAGGGACACACAACACUUUUGAGUAGAGCUUUUGAAUUUGUAACAAUGGAAUGAAUCUGAUUAACCUACUUUGAAUUGUUGCAGAAAUUCAACCACCUCCAUCUGCUCUUCAGCACUGCAUAGACCAAGAACUGAUCAAGUGGUUGAAACAACAGAAAGCUGAUUCAGAUACAAUUGAUAGGGUAAGGAUUAAGAGUGGGAAAGACCCUCAAAAUUCAUUUUCUGAAUAAUAUUUAGAAACAAUGAAAUAAUUUUGUCUUUCAGUUUGUUCAAGAGGAUUAUACACUCAGUGAUGUUCUAAACCACAUCACUAAAGAUGACCUGCGAUUCCUUAGACUCCGGUAAGAAAAUUGCAUGAUUCUAGAAGUGUUUGACUUCCAAACAAGAGUUUGAGACACUUACUGUUCUUAUUUUUCUCAUACAGUGGUGGUAUUCUUUGCCGAAUAUGGAAUGAAAUAUUAAAGCACAGAAAACUGAAUAAACUCUUGGAAUUGGAAGCCUAACUCUUAUGCCAAGUUCUGAGAAAUUGAAAUGGGAAGAGAGCACACAUUCCACCUAAGUUAUUAAUUACUGUACAUACUGUUUAUACUGGUCCUACAGGUUUUGCACUAAUAUAUAUAUGAAGUUAUAUUAAAGUCAUGUGAUGAUAGCCUUUUCUACUAGUAUACUUAAUCAUGUAUUUUUUCAGAUGUGUAAAUAAUACAGUAGCUUAGAAACUGCUUGCCUUAUAGACUAAAAUGUAGCCUGUGCACUUUAACCACAAAUAUCAAAUACACAGUGUUCUAGACAUGUCAGCUGCUUUUUAAAAACAAUAAUUGCUGCCUUCUGAUUUAAUAUAAAUUAUUACUAUGUAUAAUUUUAUAAGAUAAAAAAACCAGUUGGUACAAAGAUCCUAUGCAAAGAGUGGGUUACAGACUCACUCUAGGUGCAUAUUAAAAAGGUAAAAUAAAACAUGCUGAAAAAGGC